UUUCAUUUGUGUGUGUGCCUGUUUGUUUGUCUGGCUGUCUUACCUUUCUUGAUGCAUAUGAGAACUUUGUUUUAUACACCUAUAAACAAUUGUCAGGGCAUUCCUGUGAAUCUCUCAGUCGGCUUGAGGCAUGACAAGAACUCUUCGGCAAACAAAUAUGGAUAUGCUCUGUGGUACCGCAUGACAAGAGUUGCAUUGUACUUACAAGGAGUUGUUUUGAAAGCCAGACUCUCUCCACAGGAUGACUAAAUAUAUUGAAAAGGAACUGCCAGCAAAAUAAAGUGUCCUGACAACCCGUAAGGGAGAGGGUUGAUCCAAAACAUGUACCUCAAGGCAGCCUGCAGCGAGAUCUCCAUGCCCAGGCAGAGAGGGGGGCCAAGGCUGGACCGCUGCCCCAGCUCCAUCCAGCAGAGGCAAGGGGCAGGAACCAGGGGGCACCCUUCAAGCCCUACCGGCUGCUUUCCAGGAAGCUUCGAAGCCUGCAGACCUCAAGAGCAGCAGAGUUUGGAGGAGCGUCUUCCUCAGAUACGCAACAAUUUUUUCCAGGCAUCUACCCAGCCUAGUGCCAAAAUGGUCUACAGGUAGGAUACUGAACUCUGUAAAAGAGCAAAUGCAUGUGGACCGAGUCUACUGAGGGAGAAGACAGCACAAUAGUUUGAGCUUUAUUUACACUUUCAUUUUGGCUUGUGAACGUUUUCUUAAUUGACUAAAUUCCAGAUUUAGUCAAAAAUCAAUGAGAGCAAACAGCAGCCUGUUAGUCAACUGUAUGAUUUUCCAACCACUGGAUUAUAGUUUCACUUUCCUCAGCUGGGUCGCUCUUCUGUUAAAUACCUACUGCUUAUCAACUCCUGAUAAGACACAGUCCUUCUUAGCACAGCAAGACCCAGCACUAAUUCCCCUCUGUGAUUAAAACUGUCGUCUAAAGCAUGUGAGGCCACCAUCAGACACACCGCCAUGUCUUCUUCUCUGACUGUGAGAAGACUGAGGAUUUGAAUUAGUAAUGAAGCAGGAGACUAAUAUUUGAUUGUCAUAGCAAAGCGGGAAGAGUGGGAGCUGUCAGCAGCAAUGAUCAGUGAAACCUUUUAAUGGAGUGAUUUUACCAGGAUUGCUGCCUAUUUACCUUUUGGUAAAAAAAAAAACAACAGCUGGCCAUGAUGUGUCACAAUGAUUACUCUGUCACACACUGAUUCGACUCCAGCUAGUUCUAAGAAAUUGUAAGAAAACACUCAGUCUAUUCUUCAAGAGAGGGAGUUAUUGUAUAUCUGACAGAAAGAAAAAAAAAACACUUUUCAAGACAUACAAACCAAAAGAUUUAGGGUUAAAACCAUGCUAAUAUCAAACGAGAUGAGAAAGGAUAUUUGCACAUUUUAAAUUCAUUAUCGAUUUGGUCAAGCAAACCUUUUAUGCCUGCAUAAAUUCUAAAUGUGUUUUCAUACUACUACUCCAGUAAAAGACUAUCAAGAUUUCAGUUAUUUCAAUAAAAAUAGAGCCUGAGUAUAAACAAAAACUUGUGGCUAUCACAAGCUCCCAAACUGGGUUUUUCAGACUAGCAGCAACACGACAAACAGAGAGGGAAGACCUAUUUAAGCUUAAAGGGAUAUUCUGGCGUAAAUUAAUUUAGGGUCAAACACACUGUAACACCGAGUUAGAUACCCCCAAGAGAGAUGAAUGUUGCUGACCGCUUGCUUCUUUAGUUAAUACUAACUUUAGUAACAACCGCACGAUAGCAAUACACAGUUGUCCCAGGAGCCAUAAACAAAGUGCAACCAAAACGCCACUCUAUAGCCACAAAUAAUGCUCAGAACAGCACCUAACUUCAUCAACAGUACAUAUAGCAUCCCAGCCAUAGUACUAACUAUCAAACAUCUUUUUUAGCUUUGCUUGAUUUCUUUCGCAAAGAGACUAAACACAACUCACCUACUCUCUUCCAGCAGCUGCUUGUUUGUAGUGAGACCUCGGGCCAGUCCAUUAUGGACUACAGCGGGGUGACGCAGCUCAAGGAAGAACAUUUAUGAUCAUUUCGUCAUGAAAAUGCAAUUAGACCGAGACGCUAAGAACUACCGCAUCUACAGUGUAAAAAUGAUAAUUAUUAGAAAUGAUAAAGUAAUAAUGACUAAAUUAAUUUUACGCCAGAAUAUCCCUUUAAGUUAGCUGCAGGAGAACAGCUAACGUAAAGCCAGUAAACAUUUUCAUCAAGAAAUGUAGCUCUGUUGCUCCCAUUGUGGUCCGAUUUCUUGCUGCCAAUAAAAGGUUGAAAGCGUACAUACAUUUCAUCAAUAGAAAAUCCAUUAUUAGUGCCUCGCCAUGAGAAAUGAAUAGCUCCGCAUCCACUUCCCUCUAUUUUUCAAUAUCCCCACUAUAAGGCCAAAUGCCCUCAGGGUAGAAACAUAAGGUCACUAGGCAUUUGUAGGUUGUCACAACGGAGACUACACUAUUACAUCAAUGUCAUCAUAAGUAGUCAUUUCAGCCUGUGAUGAGGUCAUGACAAAAGCCUGACUGAUAAUGAUGAUGAUGGUUAUACUGGUUAAUGUUAUAAUGGUGGAAAUGAAGAUAAUCGGCUGUGGGAGCGGUGUUUAUGGAGUGAUGGUGAGGAUGAUGGGAAAAUGUAAGUGGAUGCAAAUUGAAGGCUUUGUUGCUGUUGAUGAAAGACUGUUAUGGAGAUGAUGAUGAUGAUGAUGAUCUUGCAUUUUCCUCCAAAUCCUCCUCACUCUGUCCCCUUCUGUCAGAUUUGGAGUCAAGCUCCCUCGUCAGUAUUUCAUGCAUGUAUGCCAGCCCAAACUGAGAUUUGUAGGGCUUCAUAACCGUAACCAUUUUGUCUACACGGCGUCGGUAUCACCCUAUUAGAGCAGAUUAAACAACCAAUUCCUCCUCUGUGGUGUUGUACGUGCACUACAUCACAAUGACUAAUGCUGUCGGGUCUAAUCUGCAGCAUAGGGGGAAGACUAUAGAAAAGACGUAAGGGAGAGUGUGUGGUGUAAAAUGACAAUUUGAGGAAAAAAAUAUGGAAGAGGAGGAUGAGAGGAAAGAUAAAAAGAGGAUGAGAGGAUCAGAGCCAAGAGCAGAAUGCAGAAGAAAACAGGGAAAGUAAAAAGGGAUUGUGGGACUGCUGCAGCAGUGACGUCACUGACAGCUCGGAAAGGUUUUCCCCCAUAUUUUUCUCUCGUUUUCUCCACAAGCAGCUGGAGCUGAUAAGAAAAUUAUCUGACAUUGAAUAUCUGUAUGUGCAUUCAAGUGAAAUGUACAAGACAAAACCCAGCUGGUUCCAAGUCUGUAGUUAUUUAACUUAGACUCUUGUGAAAGUCUGAAAAUCUCUGUAUAAACAGAUGCGGUGUUUUGAAAGGUAAUAGGCGAUGCUAUCAAGCUAUGCUAACAGAUGUUUCACACUGUGGGAGUCCAGGACACAACUAUAAAUCAGUCUGCUGUUUCCAGAGUGCUGUGUCAUGAUUGCUCGUGUAUUUCUACAUGUGGGUACUCGCUUUGAGAAGGUUUUAGUUUCAAUACCAAAGUUUUAACACGCUUUUAAAGGUGACUGGAGCAAUUAAAGCAGAGAGAUUUGCCUUAAGGUAAGAGUGAUAUCACCCGUUGUGGGUUCCAGCAGAGACUGAAGAGAGAGCUCUAGUUGCUGCUUUUGACUGACACACUUUAAAUCGGAUCAAUGGGGAGGAAUCGUCAGCUUGGAGGUGCAUGUGACAUUCGAGAGAUGAUUGAAAUUUUGUCCAACUGUGCAGUUACCUCUCCAGAGUAUCCCAGAAUGAAAUGAUCAGGCCAAAGCAGGGUUUGCCUGCAGGCAGAGCAAAUGUAGAAAAACAGGCCUGAGAUGGUUUUUCUUCAACUUUGUUUUGUUUAAAGGUGCACUCCACUGAUUUCAUGCAUAAGGAUUAGUUAUCUUAACCAAGUCACAUUAUGGAGAAUUUUUUAAUCAGUCUUUUCACUCUUGAUUAUUGAACAUAUAAGAAAACUCUGAUAGGCUAUUAAAGCAAAGAUGCCCUUAACAUGCAUUCUUUCAUGUACUCAGCAGGGGGCAACUUCACUGGUUACAUAGAAAGACUAGGCUGUAAAAAUUUGUCCACAUCAGCAUUUUCCAAAUACAUUCAAUUGUUUGUUUCUUUGGUGAACCUCGUUGUUCAUUUUGUAAGCCAUGUUUUCUCUGUUACGGGAAGAUGUGCAGCAACAUGCGCAUGUCGUGCUUGUCAAAUCUGGUUUCGAAAAAUAAGUAUUUACAAAGUGUAGCUACAAAAUGCUGGCUCUGUCUGCUUUUGAUUUACAGCCUUGUUUCUUAACUGUCACAAAGAGACUAAAUACCAGAGUCUUUCAAUCGCUCUUUCUCCUGCUUUUACUCGUGGUUUUUAAGCUGUACCUCUUUAAGGAGUAUAUGUCAUUUUCUCGUGUUCAGUAUGGAAUGAAAGAAAAGAUACAGGUUGUGAUUUUGCAUAGAAUUUCAUAAAAUGGCAUGAAGUUAGUAUGUGUUGUUUUAUCUUUUAUGUGCCCAAAGGCAUUUUGAGGCAUUUAUAGGCUGACAAAAUAACAGCUUUUCAAAUGAAGCUUUUAGAGCUCCCCCUGGUGGCUGGUUGCAGCACGUGUCUGAAAGCCAACCUCCUCCAUUCUAACAGAUAUAGCACGGGCCAAAGUAGGAAUCAAAUUACAUGUCUGAGUAGAUUAGAUUAGAAAGAGCUGAUGUGAUGUCAUGACUGACAGCUCUGUUGACUAAUGUGACACUUACAUCGUUCUUCUUAUAGCUUCACUUCGCACAAAGGGGGAGAAUGGAGGUGUGUCAUCCAUGUUUAUAUUCAGUCAAAAGCAGUUUUACAUCUAUAAAGAGAUUUGAGGUGUUUACAGCUGCAAUAAUGAUUUAUUAAUAUCUUUAAAAAUCUGAUUGUUGCUCUGACUGACCCAAAAGCCAAUCCUGGCAUUAAAAAUGGGUGACUGAUUUUUUUAUUUUUUAUUUUUCAACCAGCGUCUUUGUUAUCAAAUACAAUCAAGAAGGGUUAAAAAUAAAACUGUGUUUUUGCCUGGAGGUUUCUGAUUGUUCAAUGAACCAUGAAACCCUGCAUUGUCACAUUACAGCUCAGUGGGGGAGGAAAAAAAGAUGCUGCACCGCCUGAAUGCUGUUUUUUUUCUUCUUGAUCUCACUGUGCCACUUACAGUAACAUCUGCUCUGAGACGAUAGCGUCAGUAUAGGUCCCCUUGCACUUCUUUGAGACCGUGUUGAACCAUGGCAUGUUUUUUCCCCUCAUGUUAGAAGGCAUGAAUUAAUCCAUUUAUCAAGUGGUGAAAAUAAGGUAAAAAAGUACACACGACAUGAUACUUGCAUGGCAAAAAAAAUGCUCCAUAAACUGUCACCAGUGAAGUGAAGUGUGCCUGUUACUUUCCCAUGUAGGUUAAUGUUACCAGCCACCAUAUGCCAUCUUUAUCAUUCUGCCCGAGGGAAAUUUCUGUUGGUCAAUUAACACACACACUAUCUCCUUGCCGUCCAUUCAGAAUACACCUUUUCUCUUUCUUUCUUUCUUUCUCUCUCUCUCUCUCUCCUCCAAGUGUGUGGCGCCCCAGUGAAAAAAACACUGCAGUUCUUUCAGCCUGUCAGUCAGAGCCAGGAGCCUAUACACACACAGCCUCUCUCCCUCAUUCAGUGCCUGACUCCCUCUCUCUCUCUCUCUCUCUCACUACACACUCAGCACGCGCUGCUAUUUGCCUCCUCACUGCAUCCGACCUCUUCUUCCCUGAAGUGAGGUACCAUGCAUCCUCCUCUCUCCUCCUUCUCUGUGCAGCUCAUCUGUUAUCGUUCCAGGACCUUUUUAUCCAUCAGCGCCUUCGUGCUGCAAAGCCUGGGACCAUAAACAACUUGAUUGAGGACCUCAGAGACGGGAUAAGGCUGUUUGCCGGGUGUGAGGACAGCUGCCGGAAUUGCUGAUGCUUCUCUUGUCUGGGAUGCGGAUCUUUGUGGGACCUCUGCUUGCUGUGUGACACCAUUUAAGUCCUGACAAAGUUUCAGUAGGGGACACAUCGGUCAAGAAUCCCAUCCUUGCCUCUCACGGCGCACUGUGUGUAAGAACAUUCGCAUCAGUCAAUAUGGAGUGAUGAGUUGGAGUUGGAAAGUAAGUGGAAGCAGAAAAGAUUUGUUUGAUGAAAGCAUGACCUUAUUUUUAACACGUGUGACAGAAGAAGUGAGAGUGUAUUAGUGUCCAGAUGUGUCAGUGCAGUGUUACUCCGUCUUUCAAGGUGUUUGACUGAAAGGUUUAGUCUUUCUUGUGGGAGAGAGAAAGGCUCCCUCGGCUCAGACAACUCCUGGCUGCUUAACAAAACUUCCCAUAUGCCCUAAAGAUAAACUCAUUAAAAAAGUUUGAGCUGGACUUUGUAAACAGAUAGAGGAAUCGGAGAACAGAUUUCAGGUGGUAACAUAAAAAUAUAAAUUGCAGUAUGUAAGAUGAGAUGAGGAAUGUAAAGCAAAGUUAGAGCUUUCUCUUGCUCUCUUGCACCUUAACCCCCCUGCAAAACCUCAAGUGCUCUCCUCAAUUGGGUGACUCCUUCCACGACUCAUCCUUCCUCCUCUCCUUCAUCCUUCUCCCUACAUGUCCACCCUCUCUCAUAACUCCAGGUGGAUUCAUCCCAGCAAACGCUCCCCGGCUCAAGUCCUAACGCACUGAACGGGACCUUUUAUGAUCUUGACAGAACAACAGCUUGAGAUUCUUCUACCGGAAAGGACUGAUCGACCUGUGUCAACAAUUAUUCCAGUCUGUGAUAUCCAUAUGAAAUUUAUGAAGAUCUGGCCCGGCUCAGUAACUUUUAACUUCACAUAAGGACAACAAAGACAAUAAACAGAGGACGUUUAUGUUGUUUAGGGGACACAGAUAAAACCUUGUUUGUCUCUGAGAAGCUCUAGCAGCCUUUGGAAACAGUCAUGCAGGUGUCCUUUGCAUGCACGGACCACGGGCUGAAGGCCCCGCGUAAUGGUGAGCACAGCAAGCAGAACGCCACAAGCCCCAACACAACCAGCCAGGCCCGGGCUCGCUUCCGUACUGUGGCCCUGAUCGCUCGCAGCCUGGGCUCCUUCACCCACCGCUACCACCACAACCUCAAGGAGUCUACAGCUAAGCUCACGGGGAUGAAGUACCGGUAUGUAAACCGUGUGGGAAGGAGGUGUGUUCCGUUUGGUUAAGGAGAAUAAAAAGGACAGAAAUAAAGUCAUGUAAGAAUGAAAGUGCGAGAUAACACUUAAAGGAGACAGACCUCCUCAAAUGAGCUCAUUUACAAGAGCCCUGAUGGAGACAAUGAAGAUAUAAGAGCAGUGACAGGUGAUGUGUGGGUUGGCUGAGUCUGAGUGUGUCUGUGUGUUUGUGUUGAUAAAGACAAGAUGUUAAUUUAUUGGCAGCUCGAUGCAACUUUUAUCAUAAUGAACAAAUAACAGUUAACUAAAGACUGUUGAAGUUAUUGGGAAUGCUUAAACCUUUACAUAUCAACACCUGAAUUUAACUGCUUAUCAGAAAGACAUUUUUGUUAAGGUUAAGAUAGAUGAAAAUAUUGAAAACGUGUUCUUAAGUUUCGAGUUUAAUAAGUUUAUGAGUUUAAAAUCAGUGGAUGGUUUUUAACUCUGUUUUUAAUGCAGCUAAAAGGUUUAGAAAAGCAGAUGCUAUCCAUCUGAAAAUCUAUUUAGUUCUAACAAUAGGAAUGGAUUUUUUCCCCCUGUAUGUUUGUCGCCACUUUAUUAUUAUGACAGGACUGAGAAGAAACACAAUAACAGUUCAAUAGUUUAAGAAAAUAAGCCAUAAAUUUUCAAAUUCACACUUAAAUAGCACAGAUAUCAGAUAGCAACAAAUCAAAUAAAUAUUACCCUCCUUUUUUACAGUUUACAGGAAGUCUACGUUCAUGACUUCUGGUGUUUACAUAUAUUGCCCAAAGCGCCACAUUCAUGCAUCAGAGUAUUCCUGCUUUCCUAAAGCAAUUUAACAACACAGGCCAAUACAGUCUCAAAGGUCCUUGAACCACAAUUCUAAUAAUGGAGUACCCAUACUCUGCCACCAACGCAGCAUCAUAGCUCAUCUGAAUUCAACAAAUCUGAUGUUAAAAAUUUAAGUUUGUUUCUGUGAGUCAAUGAAAACCUCAGUUCUGAUGUAGUUUCAUCAGGACUCUUAAAAGCUGUCUUCUUCUGGCAGUACUGAUGCGGUUACCUGCUGAUAUUUGUCUGAUUGGCUGCACCUGAAUGCUCAGCCAACAGAUGGUAGCUGAAGCCUGCGGUACUUUGGUGAUAUUUUUAUUCCAUUUAACAAAAAGUUCAUAUCACUUUUGACUUGUGGACUGAACCACCUGGGAGUUUUUUUUUUUAAAGUGAAAUGUGCCGUAAAAAGCACUGUUGUGUCAUUAAUGUCCAUCAUAGCAGAAGCAGGAAGAUGCUAUGACAGCGAAAUUACAGAGUGCUAAAAGGGACAAAACAGCACACAAUAAAAAAUAUGUAACAUGCUAAUUCCAGACCUUGAUCUCAUUGUGAAAAUGGAAAGAAUAACUUUAUUUAUAAUGCACCUUUCAAAACCGAAGUGGCAAGGUGCCAUGCGUGCAAGUAUCAAAAUAGAAAGGAUAAAAAAAACAAGCAGAAAAAUACUAGCAAAAAAAGAAGCUUGUUAUAUGAAGAAGCCAAAACAACUGCAAUGAAAAAAUGUAACAAUAACUCACCAGCUGUAGUGAGUGUGUUAAAUCAGAGACAAUGAAAGAUGAUAUAAAAGAGGACACAGACUUGGCUUUACUGAGAUCCACAAUCAGAAGAUUUCAGAGCUCAAUGGCUUGAACGGUGAAGGCUCAAUCACCCUGGGAAACAAAGUUAAUUUCAGGAACAACAAGCAAUUUCACACAUAAAAGAUCAAAAAGACAAAGGUGGAACCUAAAUAAAUCAUUUUUUUUAGACAACACAUGGUUUUUAAUGUAAUCCAUCCAAAUCUGAGGGAAAAGGGUAAAACAAGUGUAAUAUAACUUUUUUCAGUAGGAUUCCUACAAACAAACUCUGAACCAGAUGGUUGAGAUCCUAUCCGUAAAAAAGGUCUCAGCAGGUUUUAUAUCAUAAAACUUUCUCAGACUCUUGUGCUGUUAGAAAUGGAGUCCCUCAGGGGUCUGUCCUGGGUCCACUACUGUUUUAACCUUACCUGGCACCACUAGAUCAGGUUUUCCUUUCUAUUCUAAUAGCUGUUGCAGGUAAGAGAUGCCUUACAUCUACACUUGAGAUCUGUCUGACUUCUGUUUAGAGCUGGAUGUCUUGAUGGCUAUCAGAUCAGAAGCUCUGAGUUAUCUAUAUGAUAAAUACUCUGUCAAGGGAUGCGCUUGUUUUUCAUUGCUGUAACACAACCGAGAAUCUUGGUGUUUUUUUCUUAUCAUCACAUCCUUUUGUUUGCCUUUGAAACAAAAGGAAGGUGACAAGAGUAGCCCCCUUUUUCCACCUUAGAAACACUACCAAGAUAAGAUCAACCCUGAUGUUUAAUGAUGUUGAGAUUCUCAAACAAGCUUUUUUUCCAUCCGGAUUACAUAGCUGCAAUGUCCCUCUGCUGGGUUUAUAAGUUUGAGAGAUCUAUACUAGAUGGUUCAGUAUGCACUGGGCUGUAUUGUAGCCAGAUCACAAAAGUAAGAGUCCACUAUUCUAGUCCUGACCUAUCUUCAUUGGCAGACUUUUAUACACUGCUGUUAACAUGAAGCAAAACAAACAGCAGUCUACCCUUGUACUUGACUGACCUAGUGAACCCAUAUGUGCCAGCUAGGGGCACUUGUCUUUUGAUUGUCCUCAAGGUCAGGAAAAAGUCAGCCAGUGAGUGGGCUUUGUCGUCCCAUGCUCAAGCUCUCUGGAACAGUGUACCUUUGUGUUAGACGAGCGUGUUCAAUUAGGGUAUUGAAAGGCGUUGUGAGGAGAUCUUAACAAGUUGAGAAACAGACUGAAACUGAUUCUGAUGUCUCUAAAUGACCUCUAAAAGGAAACCAGAUUACCAACAAAGCCAAUAAUUUAUCUACUGUCAUUUGUUAUUGCUUGUAACUACUCUGAGGGAACAGAGAACAGACCAGAUAAUUGAGAGCAGAGUGAGGAAACAGCCUUUUAUUAAUUUCCACAGCAAAUAUUCACAGUGAGUGAUAAAUAUCACUGUUGAAAGAUAGCAAGAUAAGGGAUUUGUCUUAAAACCCUACUUUCACAUGUACACUACAAGAGAUAGGAGGUAUCACCUUGUCCACAGGAGUGCCACACCAAAAGUUCCUCACAGCAGCUUUAAAGUUAAGCUUAAGAGCCACAUGUUUACUGUUGUGUUUGACUUUUGGAUUUAUUUAUAUUGUUGUGCUGUUUAAUUAACUGGCUUAUUUUGGUGUUAUCAAUGUUUUUAUUGUUGUCACCUCUUAAUUCUUUUAAUCUUUCCAAAGUGCUUGGGCUGAAGUGCUCUACCAAUGGUUUUAUUUUUAUUCAUCAUAAAAUUACCAAAAUGUGCUUUAACCAUUUAAUGCCUGAAACCACAAAUUAUGGCCAGAAAGCCAAUUUUUUUGGAGCUGAAAUGUUUACGUCACCUAUUACUGAAAACCAACAAAAUCAAAAUGUCCUUAAAAUUUUACAAAUAUAUUUAUUGAUCUUGUUUUAUACAUCAGAUGUUUUUGGAAACUGAUAAACCACAAGAGGACAUUUUUAUCAUGUACAGGACUGUAUUCAGGUGUUUAUUUUAGUCAUUUGUUGAUCAUACUGACUUGAUAGAAGUAUCAUUAAAGUGUAUAUCAAAUAUACAAAAGGCAUUAAAGGGCUAAAAACAAAAGUAUGCAGUUGACGUAGCUCUGGCAUACACUCCACAUAGCUUGAAAAAUGACCCCCCUGUGCUUGUUCAGUUGCUUCAGCAUCAUUUUGAGCCUGACUGACUGAGCAUCAUGCAGUUUUUCAAUAACUGGCUGUCACCGCAAAGAACAUUCUGGGAAGUGUGACAGUAAAGUCGAGCAGAGUGGUGCACUCCAGCUCUGUGUGUGUAUCUGUGUGGGAGUCUUAACUAGGCUGGGCCGAGUAAACAAUGCACUCUUAUCUCAGUGAGUGGGCUCUUAACCCAGACCGCAGGAGCAAAAUAGUAGCUUCCACCUCACACUGCUGGUUUACAGGAGAGGGUGACAUCAUCACUCAGUGUCAGGACGGAGAGACGCGGCGAGAGAACGAAGGGAUGAUGGAAGGGUGGAAUAAGACCGAGGAGAUGAAAGAGAGCGACAACAAAGAAAGACGGAAUAAGUGAUUGAAUGGGAGAGCAAAUUCAGGGCUUACAGGUCAUCUCACAGAAAAAGAGGCAAUUAGCAGAAUCUGUGCAGAUUGGAUGCAAAGCAGCUAGAUGUGAUAAGUGUCUGCUUGUCACCCAAUCUCAUCUCGUUUCCAUAACAACAUUGAAAUGGCUAACUUCAAUCUGUUCCCGGCACCAAACAGGCCUGAUGACUCUAUUGUGCAAACUGUUUCAGCUUUUUGCAGAAAGACUUUUUCCCAUUAACUGAGAUGAUUAAUUUUGAACAAGCUAUUGUCCUUUAUUCAGCUCCAUCUUUUCACCUCUUUUUUUGUUUUUCACAGCUGCAACCUCUGCAUUUUUCUAGCUGUCACAUUGAAGAAGUGCAGCACUGAUGCAAUCCACAUCAUUUCUUGAACUUGAGGUUUAUUGGUUUGGGUUUCCACAUGAAGAUUUGCUCAUCCUUGUAGCUUCUCUAAAAACAGGUGGAGGAUAUUAGCAGUAAAGCUUCCUCCAAGACAUCAGCAAAUCCCCUAAUUUUCCCCACAGACUGGCAAAUAUUGGAUAAAUCUCCCUCUGUAGCAUUCUCUCUGUGGUCCCUGUUUGUUUAAUGCAACAGUACAUCUCUUUAUUUUCCAAGUGUAUGAUUUAAAAAACUACCUCAGAUUUUUUUGAUGUGGAAUCUCCUGAGCUGAUGUCAAGUCUGUUAAUAAAAUUGGAGCAAACUCUGAAGUUUUCCCUGCACGAACAAAAGAGAGCUAUCUUACCCUCGCAUGUGUUUGUGGGCGUAUACGUUGGCACAUUGCAUUACAUACAUGAGUGCACGUAUGUGCAUGUGCGGCGUUGAUGCUCCUCACUGUGAACAUCCGAAGGCGUAGCAAGUUGAGGCAGAAGAUAUGCUGUGCAGAGAGAGCAAGCGAGUGAGCAUACACUAAUAAUACCUUCAUCCGCAGCGUUUUUGUUGUCAUGGUGAUCCAAAUAUAGUGUAGUUCUUGUUUGUGGUGUCCCCGUGUUGCAAACCUCCAAGACUGUUUGACCUUUUCCUACUCUUGAUAUAAUACAAACCCACAAACAGGGCACAAAAAUAAGUGAUUUAACCAAACACGCUGUUAUUGUCAGCUUCACAGAGUAUUUCUGCUUCCUGGUCGGGGCUUCUGGUUGAAGUUCAGAGUGGUCAUACGGCAGCAGAAGGCCUUGACAGUCCAGGAGGUUCGAGGCAGAUUGUGCUUAGUUGAUUCAGAGCUCUGCUGCUGAUUGGUGUGCAGAAAUCCCUUCUGUUGGUUUCUUCCUUCUGGCUUAUCAGUGGGCAGCACACAGAGAGAGCCACUCUGCUGUGUUGACAUCUGUGUGUCAACAGUGUAACCAAAGCACUGCAGAAAGCAGCGUUUGUCUGUGCACACACAGCAAGGAGCAAGGAAGGUAGCAAGGAAAUGCGGCUCAUUUCAAGGUGCUCUUCUCUUACACACAGUUUGAGCCGGAUGAAAGUUUCUCAAGAGUUUUCAUCCUGUUUGUUUGUGUGAAGUAGCCUCACAGCAAAUGUCAUUCUUACUUUCACGGAUGACUCUGCUGUGCCUGCAGCAUGAAUCUUUAAUUAAAAAUCUUUUUGACUUUGAGUCUGUGUGUUUAAUAACCAACAGGCUAUCAGUAAAAAUACCGGUGUGAGUGAGAUUUUCCUAACUCUAUCAUUUCUCCUGAGUCGUCCAAAUACUUGAUGAUGAGAGAUUGAAUUCUUCUGCUCUGAUGUACCUUUUUUAGAAAAGCAGGAAGCAGAUUUUUUUUUCUUUGAAUUCUAAAAAGGUUUUGUCAUCAAUUGUGCUCAAAAUAUCACAUUGAAAUCACUCAAAUUGGCUUUCCGGGGCAACAUUAAGGAUAAGCAUUAGGUCAGCAAAAAAAUCCGCUGUACUCUUUGUUGAAUAGAUGAGUGGGUUCAGUGGUUUUGGACAAGGUGAGUGUAGGCUGAAGUUUUCCACAGCUUCAGUGGGGACGCAGGCAAUUUGCCUGCAUGUCCACAGAAAAAUAGAUUUUUUUAUGCCGCCGUUGCAGUUGUCAGGGUGCACCAUUAAUCAUACUUUACAUCUCGCAGCUAUCCGUGUAGUUCUGCAGAUGCCUGUGUUUGUGUGCGUUUAUUAGAGAAAGACCAAAUAAUCAAUUGGACUGAUUAAUCAGGCUAAUUGAUAGCAUUUUGAAAUGUCUGGUAUUGGUUUAUGACCACUCUCACAAGGCUGAUUGAAAAGAUAAACAAAUCAAAUCAAAUCUGCAGACUCUGCAAACAGUCCUGUUAGUGUGACUGCUGUUGAGCAAUGUCCUAAAGGUAAUUUCACAUUUUUCUACAUCCUAAAUGACCUUUUAUAAAACCAAGAACAGUUACUGACUCGUGUUUAAUGUAAAUUAUGCCAUUUAGAGUUUCUUAAUUAUCAGUCAUGUACUGAAAUCUAGCACAUAAUCCAAUUUUUUUUUGAGUUAAUCAAAAAAUCAUCUUGGGGGUACAAACAACAACAACAACUAUGUGACUUCAGUGUUAUUUACUGGCCAUUGAAGGUGGGGUAGGCAAGAUCUGAGGAAGUGCCAGUGUUACAUGUGCAUCUAUAGAAUAUGCCACACUAAUAUGUAUUUUCUCUGAGGCACUCCUGAGGACUCCUUUGUGGCACUUGCUGGCCUCCAUAUGCUGGCUCCACCAGAUAAUUGAGCUGAUCACCUGCACCUGUGGGCAGUCCAUAAAAGCCAAGGGAGACUCUUCCACACUCUCUCUCAGCCUGCAGCCAGACCAGAUAUGUUGUCCCAGCUCCCAUACAUUCCAUUGUUAUUUUGAGAUCUUGUGAAUAAAUGCUUUGGCGAAAACUUUGAGUCGUUUCAGAUCCCUUAUGUUGCUUCCCCUGAGCCAGGGUCGUAACAUAUUGGGGGCUCGUCCCGGAUUGAUUAGGGAUUGAAGCCAGAUUAGUUGAGUUUGUUGUAUUUCCCCUAGACUGGUAAUUUUUCUUAUUUCAUUGUUGAGCUGUUCAAAUCAUGUGGUCAUGUGCUGCUUUGUUCCUCUCUUCUGGUGAGCAUGUGGUGAGUAUAGUUUUGAGUAUAUCAACAUUAUGCAUAUGUAAUCUUCCCUGGUUGGGUUAGGAGGGGCUAGCUGGGCCGAUUUAUAUCGUCCUUCAGCCUCUCAUUUGUUAUUUUUCUUUUUUAUUUUUGGUGGCAAACUCUGAGGAGGGACUGCAUCAGACAUUGUCAGUAUGUCUGGUGAUGGUUCGAGCUCGGCAAGCCAUUGAAGAUAGUCCGGAUUAAGCUUAAAAUAGGUAGGGAACCAGUGGGGGUUUACUUUGUUAAUAUACUUGGGGCUUGCUUGCUUGUUGUGCUCCCCAGUUAAGGUUUUGAUAAGUUAGGUAGCCAUUUUGUAGAGAGAGAUUUUGACCUAUAGCUGCUUCUGCUGUGUUGGACACUUUUGAGGCCUUGAGCCUAUUUGUCUUGUUUGUGGGUGACCUGUUGUAGCUAACUUUUUUGUUUAGCUUGAAUUAGUGCACCCUCUGAAUAGUUGCUUGACAACUUAACCAAAGAUCAGCUUUUAAAACUUGCUGAAUAUUAUGAAGUCACAAUUUGUAGUAGUGACAAAAGCUUAAAGAAGAGCACCAGAGAUGCCCUUAAGGCUGCUUUGAUUGAACAUGGCAUUCUUAAAGCUACACCUUUGUCUCCAUCUAGAAGUCCACCUCCUCAAUUAUCAGAUCCUUCUAUUGAAUUAAGACUUAGAUAAUUGGCUUUAAAAGAGCUAGAGUUGCAGGAAAGACAGAAAGAUAGAUUGCUAAAACAAGAGCAAAUGCACCUGGAACAUGAACAAUUUCUUAAAGAAAUGGAAUUUAAGCAUGCCUCACUUCUACACUCUGUCCAGGUUGAACAAUCUAGUUUUGAUGUAGUCAAACACAUUAGACUCGUUCCUCCUUUUGUUGAGAAAGAUGUUAAAGUAUUUUUCACAUUUCGAACGUGUAGCUACCAUCUCAAAAUGGCCAAAACAUGCCUGGACUUUACUUUUACAAAUUGUGUUGGUAGGAAAAGCACAAGAGGCUUACUCCUCUUUGAGCAUUGAUGAUAGUGUGGACUAUGACAAAGUUAUAGAUGCAAUAUUAAAAAUGUAUGAGCUUGUUCCCGAAGCUUAUCGUCAACGUUUCAGGAGUAUCAACAAGCUUGAUCAGCAAACUUAUGUUGAGUUUGCAAAAGAAAAAGAGACGCUAUUUGAUAGGUGGUGCAAAUCCCAAAAUGUGGAAAACAAGGAAGACCUUAGACAACUCGUGUUGCUGGAAGAAUUUAAAAACUGUCUUCCUGAAGCUGUUUGUGUUUACCUUAAUGAACAAAAAGUAAUGACUCUCGACCAAGCUGCAGUCCUUGCAGAUGAGUUUAUUUUGACGCACAAGCUUAACUUUGACAAAGAACAGAAUAAACGGGGAGAAAUCUUGAAUGUAAACACUACCCCUCCCAACCAGUUUUCCCCUCAGACGCUCCUGCUCGCUCGUAUUGUUUUAAUUAAAUUCAGAUAUAAUGCAGAUAAAUACAAAUGGGGCCCAGUCAACAUGAAAGCAAAAAGCAUUGGUGUUACUGUAGACGCCAACAGACUACCAGCAAACACAAUGUUUGCAGGAGUUCUACAACUAGCGUAAAAUGACCUACUCCAGGACCCGAGAAACAGUUUAGCAGCGCUACAACACAGAGCAGGUCCUGUUUGACAAAAAACACUUCUGUUGCAGACACUUGGCUUACUUUGUUAAAGCGGUUUACCUGUUCAGCAGAAAGGUUCAAGGGUAUUCCGCCUGAGUCUUUGGUAUUUACUUCGUUUUAUUGCUUGUGUUUUCCGUACUUUCUGGUUGGUUUCUACUGUCCGAUAUUGUAGCAUGCUAACUUUGUUUGGGCUCGUGAACGUUAUUCGAGGAUGUGGAGUGUGCCUCACAACAUGAGGGAGCAGCAUCUGCCUUACAACCAAUCAGGUUGGGGGAGACGGAGAAUGGCUUUGUUUACAGUCAGAAAGAGCGGGCCACUCAAAAAUUUUUAAAUGUUGACUACAAAGACAUAAGAGAACUCAGCGAUAUUGGUAUACUCCCAAAGGUCAUCAAUAACUAAUCGCUAUUGACUGAUAUUAAAAGCUUUUUUGUAUACACCACAAAAAAGAUGCUUCUUUAACGAAAUCCUGCCUACUCCACCUUUAACUGACCUGCUCUUGAAUAAUUCGCAUCAACAUCCACCGUUGAAAGAACAAUAUCUGUAGAUCACUGGUGUUCAUACAGGCAAAUGUCUUCAUGCAAUCUCAUCACUGCAUUCCCAUAAUGCAUUUUUCCCCCUGGAGAUAUACUUCUGCGGUCUGUAUCCAGCUCAUUUUUUUGCCCUAUUUCCAGCAUACGGCCAAAGUCCAACAUAAAUAUUUUUUACACUCCAGCAUCAUUUGCCUCUUCCCCGUUCUCGGCUGUUCUGCUCUGAUGUGUAGUUUCUAAUAAUAUGAGCCUGGUUGUUGCAAAACAGCAGCAGGCCUGAAGUAUUGAGCUUCACUCUGCUUAAAGACCAAACAAGCCCCCAAAGGAUCAGAGCUGCCAAUCUCUCAGUUUAAGAGCCAGGAUGUUUGCAUGGGCUUUGCAUUUUAAUUAAAGGUCACAACUUAAACGGUUCUCAGUACAGCUAAUGGUUUUAUAACAGCGCUGCCUUGCAGAUGCAUUUUUUUCCUAACAGGGUCUUUGCAAACAGAUUGUAAUCAUAAAGAUAACCGGUGAUGAAUCUAAAACAAAACCCUGCUGUUUUUGGUGUAGUUAUGACCUCAAUUACAAAAACCAUAGAUGUUAGCUUUGUGCAUAAAUCUUCCCCAGUCCUCACCUUUCUCUAUCAAAAUCAUCAACUUUAAUAAAAACUUUAAUGAUAUAACAUUUCUCAGAACAGGGCUGCAAAGUGCUUUAAGUGUAUUAGUUCUAUAACAAGAAAUUAGGGUUUGUUAUCAUAAAGCACUGAUUGUUUAUAACUAUUGAUUUAACUGUUGUUUUAGAUACGCCAUUUAUCCUCUAUAGUUUUGACCUCUUUAAUUUGAUCUGCACCACUGAACAGAAACUAACCCUAUGAGAAAUACCUUGACAUACUUUUUUUAUCAGGACGGUAUAAAGGUUCUCAGUUAUCUUAUUAUGUUUUUUUCCCCCACAUUGGCAGGCUCUCUUAAAAAUUGUUCUGAAUCAACCACUUCAGAUCAGCCCACACAAUUUUCAAUACAGGAUCAACCCACAGGCCUCUAGCUUCAGCCAUGUAGCCCUGCCUGAAAUACAGUUUCCAGAUUUUUAUUCUGCCUUCGUUUCUAUACGUGAUGUGGAAUUACAGUUUGGUAAAGACAUGAGCGUGCUUGUGCAUUUCUGUGUAUAAUGCAUUUUAAAAUAGGGAAGGGUUGAAACAGAGUGGACGUUGGCCCUGUGGAAAAACAAAAAGAAAGUUGGAUUCAGACUCUGACUCUGUAUUUUGCACACUCACUCACUCACUCACAGUGUCCAAACAUGCGCAAUGUGCAGGACCCUGUAGGGAGCUGUCAUUUCCUAUUUCCUAUUCUGUGUCAUAUAGUAUUCUUUAUCUGUAGAGGGUGUUUGAUCUGCUCAGACUUGGGGCUUAGACUCCUCAAGCCUCUGUCUGCUGCAAGUUUCUCCCUCUCUUUCCAGUCUUUAUAGCUUUCUUUCUCCGUCUUCCAUCUUCCUUGUUCAGCUGUGAGGCCUGUAGGCUUCAUCAGUGAUUUAUUCAUUUCCCCUAGAAACUCAGCUACAGCUUUUCUUCCACACUAAAUCUAUUUAUUUUUUCCCUCAAACUCCCCUACUUUCUAUCCACCCACGCGGGCCAUGCCUUUAUUCAGAAUACGACCUGUACUCUCUCCCCUGCACUGAAUUAUUUUGAUAACAACAUCAUGGCUGUCAUCAGGAGAGUGGUGGGAAAACAAGGAGGUGGGUGUUGUCUAAUCCCUCCGCCCAUUAAGGUUGGUUUGUGUGGGUUUCCUCAGUCUACAUUAAUCCCCAGCCAGUGAGGACUUUUAUCUGUUUACUUACAACCUUGAGGAAAGUGUUAGCUGACAAAUAUUGAUUCCAACAAUCCAAUGUAGGGAAAUAAAUCACAAGGAAUGCCCGGGUGUGACUUGAGAGCACAAGAAACACUUUCUAGGAAAACCAUCCUCCCACAAUAGGAGGUCAUUCCUGCGAAGAUUGCAGCACAAUAAAUCCACCAGAUGUUCAUUUUAUUUCAGCUGUGGACCCGCUAAGAAUAGCAGCAUCUACAUGAAGAAGCAGCUUUGCAGGAUGUUCAUAAGUGGUGACAGGUUUGUGUGGGGGGGCGUCUUCAAAUGACUCAUUUGUCAUUUUACUUCCAGGCUUCUUUUGGGCACCAUCCAAGCAUGAGGGGCCGAGAAACUCUCUGGCUUGCAAAGUUGAUUACGUUGGAGCUUGCAUAGACAUUUUGUCCUUUACUUGGUGUGUUUAUUUUAUAAUUUACAACUUAACUCACAGAAAAUUGUCAGCCUUUGCAGCCCAUUUUUUCUUCCUCGUUCUCCCACUGAGACUAAUUUUCUCUUUACCAUAAAGUUGCUCACUUUCGCUCCUUUGUUGCAAAUGACAUGCAGUAAUUUCCUGAAUCAUUAGCUUCCUAAACUAUAUGCCUCUGCUGUCACUCGUUCUCCAGCCCAGGACAGCUCUAUUGAGUCACUAUAACAGGCUGUGGGGUUAAUUAUCAGGUAUGGCCCAUGCUGUUGCUUCCUAAGUCCACAGAAAGACGAGAAUAUUUUUAGAAAUCUGUUGUUCGUCUCCUUUUCUUGAGACGGCAUGUAUUCAUUUAGAGUACCGAACUGCAAAUUUAGCUCAUGGAGGAUCUCCAAACACAGAGCUAGCUCUUUUUUUUCCAACAGGCAGCUUUAUUUGGAACUGGAACGUGCCUGCGAGCUUGUUUUUUUGUUGAGAUGUUGUGCAUGAAUGAGCCACUGUAAAACAUGAAAACAGCGUCAGUAACGACUCAAGGGACAUGUACGUACGUUUCAGAUCUGUUCCAGGCAUAAAGCAGCUGAUUUACCCAGGAUGACUGGGAUUAAAUCUGGCCCUGAACACUCUUAAUCAUAUGCUUGGUUUGUCCUUGGUAACCCCUCUGACCGAACACACACUGAUUCAGACUGAAACACACUUCCAUAACCUACAAUAUCAGCCCCUCCCCCACACUUUCAUGGAUCAGAGCUCCCACUCCAUAAUACAUCAGAGAGACGGAGGAUAUAAUAUCCAAACUCCUCCACCAUGUCACAGACAAGAAGGCAUCCCACGAUUUGCGACUGCAGAGACGUGUCUCCUUAAUUUCCCUGUCAUGGUAUUAUCAGCGUCUUAAUUACAUCAUACAUCAAAGAAUCCUUAAAUUUAUCGAGUCACCCCAAAUGUUAAUAUGCUAACACACUCCUCUGUGUGUUUCCCUCCUUCAUCAUGGCGGCUUCUGACUCAGUGACUGAUGCUUCCUCAUGUCAAACACCUAAUUGAAUUGGCUGAGGGCACAGUUAGAUAGCACAGGCUCGGAUUAGUCGGCAUUCAUCUUGACGGGCACAGGCCAUUAGUCGUCGGGCACGAGAAACUGACUGCUGGCACUUUUUACGACCUCAUUUGUUGUAAUGACUGAAUGCUUGCAAAACCAAGCAGAAGAGGAAAAAAAGCCUACAAUUGGAGGGUCAUUUCCAUGUAAAGAAAUAAGUACUUGGACAUAUUUUCCUCUCCAGACUAAGUGCUUUUGAUUUUGGCCUUGUUGAGUCUGUCACAGUAAUACGUUUCACUUUCACAGUAUUUUUCUCUAUUCGCUGUUUUCAGACCCCCCUAACUCAUUUAUCUUUCACCCAUGGUGAAAAAGAGAACAAUCUGCUCCUGGUGUUCACCCCAUUGUUAAGUCAUUAAACGUUUGCACCACAUGAGCUUCCCCCCCUCAGUUGGCACUGACUCCGCACAGAUUGUAAAAUGUUAAGUGGAGGGCUAAGAGUGGAGGGUGGUGGGGAGAACUUUGAUGUCUUCGUUUAUCUUCUGUGGUGGUAAUGAGAGUUGAAAGUGCUGUAUUGAAUUGGGGUGGACCAGCUGGAUGUAAAUUAACUGUUAUGGAGAGGAGAGGAGGUGCACUGUUGCUCAUUUAAUAUAGGUAACACUGCAGAGAGACAGAGUGAAUGUAUGAGGAGCUAUCUCUGCUGAUAGGAUAAAACCCGCACGGAUAAAGCAAACAUAGCUGUCAGCAUUGUGUUCAUUUUCCUCCCUACAAGGAUAAACGCAGGUCAGCGCAGUACAAACCUGACAGCUGAAUCAAACUGCAAUUUGAUAGAUUUGGUCAUGAGAAGAGUAUUUUCAUUUCCCUCUGUGUUCAUAGAUCAAACAAACCAUCCUCUCCACUUUAAUCUCCAACCAAAAUUGAAGAUGUGUUCAGAGUGACCUCCAUAGUCAGUGAUUCUCCUCUCUUUAUCCUCAAGAAACCAGCAACCAUUGUUAUUAAUACACCCUGCAAUUACAAUUACAAUUGAUUCUCCUCUUUGACGAUAUUGCAAACUCCGCAAUAUCAGAAUUGCUGUGGGCUAUUUCAUCUGAGCUCGUCGACCUAUGACGUAAGAACAGCAUGAAUUUUAAGCUAAAAAUCAUUGUUCCCUCAAAGGAAAAUACACGGGGCAUAGUGAUUGCAAUCACAUUUGACUGAUGACAUCUUGAGCCUUUAAAGCGCUGCUGUUUUUUAAAUUCCUUCUCUUUUUUUUUCUCCUCUCACAGGAACCUGGGGAAAUCUGGGUUGCGUGUCUCCUGUCUGGGUCUCGGUGAGUACGUUUAAUUAGCAUCAGAGGCAAAUGUCUAAUGAUUUCAUAAGCAUCCAAGAGCAAACUCAAUCCAAGUGUGUGUCUUUGUGCAGUUUGUGUGUGUGUGUGUGUUGGGAGAGGAUGUAGUGCCAGCAAAGAGGGAAUAGCAGGAGGGAGAUAACAAUUUGCUUCUAUGAUCUCAGCCCAUUCUCAUGCAUGUUUCAUACGCAUGGAGAGUCAUGGGAGACAACACAAAGCUGUUAGAGUAGUGCUAAUAUUUCCUCUGUUAAUAUUUAAUCAAUACCACUAGUUUCAGCAAACAAGUUGCUCAAUUACCCCACAUAUGCAAUACACACCAUGAGGGUAAACACACAUUCAUCUGGAUAGGAUCGAGUCAUUUAGUAAAUCUCUGGCGCCUGUGGUUGUGUGUUUGUGCUGGCCCUUAUCUUUAAAUGUGCAUGUGCUUGCUGGAAGUAGCGCGCCUCCGAAGACAAGAUAACUUGACAAAGCGGAGCAACGAUACAGCAAAGCAGACAUUCAUGCACGACGAAUGAUAGAAAAUCUGUAAAUGGCUCAGCUAAUUAUCUUGGUGGUGAUUUUUUAAAGAUUUAGCCACACCGCAUUGAGCACCAGAGAAUAACUGAGAGCCAACCAUCCUUCAGCGAAAAAGUAAUUAGUUUCAAAUCCCAGUAUUGGCAAGUCUCAGCCCUGUGUUAGUGCCCUUGAGCAAUACAUUGAUUUCUGUUUGUUUCUUCUUUAGGAAAAGAGUAGAAAGAAAGAAAGAAAGAAAGAAAGAAAGAAAGGAACAGAGAAUUCCACUGUAAGGAUGAGAAAGACUGCUAUAGCAUUUUUGUGUGUGUGUGUGUGUUUGAGAUGAUAUGUUUAUUUGCUUUCAAGACUCAGAUGAAGACUUAAAGACAUGUCAACAAAAAUAUGGGGCGCCAAAUGUAAAAGCCACUUUUUAAUAGGUGACAUUUUGUGAAGAUUUAGCUCACUUUUCUCACAUUUAGCUCAUUUUUCUUUCAUUUGUGACCGAAAUUCAUGUACAAAACCCAAUUCCAUUGAAAUUGGGAUAUUGUGAUAAACGUAAACAACAACAGAACACAAUGAUUUAGAAAUCCUUUUCAACCCAUAUUCAAUUGAAUACACAACAAAGACAAGAUUUUUUAUGUUCAAACUCAAUUUUUUUUUUUUUUUUGCAAAUAAUAAUUAACUCAGAAUUUCAUGGCUGCAACACAUGCCAAAGUUGAAAGGGAUUUGCACAUCAUAUUAUUCUGUUUUUAUUUACGUUCACCACAAAUUACCAACUUCAGUGGAAUUGGGUUUUGUAAUACAGCAUGUUUUAUUUGUUAAAAAUGUGUAGACAUGAAAAAUAAAUCUAAAUCUAAAUGUUUAAUAUAAAUGUAAAUCUUAAAUAUAACCCUUAAUCUAAAUCUAAAUGUUUAAUAUAAAUGUAAAUAUUAAAUAUAAAUAUAAAUGUUAAAAAGCAUUUGGCGCCCCACACAAAACCCCCUCUUUUUUCCACACUGUUAUACACAAUAGACAAAUACACAUCACACAGAUUAUACAUUGAGGGCCUAUUGUUCAGCUUUGAAGAUACUCCCUGGUGGGUACUGUAACCCACAGACAGAAGCAACUGUUCCCUCUCUGGUUUACAGCCUCCACUCAGUGUUUGACAUUUUUUAAGACAAGCCUUAGCAAGAAACUACCUUAGAAAUUUUUCAAAAAGCUAUUCCUCAAGAAUUUGAGAGCAACAGAAAAUAAGGCAGAGGCUGAAGAAGAAUAUAUGUUUAGAGUGUUAAUUGCCAGCGGAGGAAAAUCAGGUUGAGCCCACACUAAUCUGCCUCUGCUGCUGGUGCUUUUGGUUCCAGAUUCAGAGCCGCUGCUGCAUUACUUCUCAUUAGUACAAGAUGACAACAAGCAGCAUGAGAACAGAUCAGGGAAUGGAAAAGUCGAGGAAUAUUUUAUAAGUUUAAGCAAAAAAACUGUGCUCAGUCUGCACUGUUUGGAUAAGGAACAGAUGCUGUUCCUGCUUUUUUCAUACUAAGAGUCAUAUUAUUGCAGUCUGUGCGCACAGUCAUGUGUGGAAAUAGUAGAGGACCUCAAAUAACCUGAUACUAAUUCUUACUCCUGUUAUAGAGGUGUUAAGUGAUAGCGCCAAUACUGCUGUUGCUUAACAAGUCUCUUUUAGCCUCUGACAGCUGACAGGUGCUGUCUGUCUCUCUGAACCAGCCUGUUUGAGGCUGGAAAGAAAGAGGAAAAAGGGGGGCAAGACCAAAAGAUACCGUUCUCUACAGAGGCACAACCUUUAUGGAGCUCCAGACAUUAACUAAGAAAAAGCAGCAUGAACCAGAUCUGCAGGAUCUGCAUCAGAGCUUUCAUUCUCAUACGUUUGCUUCAGCAGAACAGUGAUUCCUUCAGACGUCUGUCAUCCUUGUUUAGAGAUGUGAGGCUGUUGUUUUAUUCACAACUAGUCAGUGUAGUGUUCUCUGUCUCUGUGUGUCACUGCCUCAAGUGACAGAGUCAAAAGGUAUGGUCGAAUUUAACAAAUUGAGCAGCUUUCACUGUCUGUAGCUACACACCUCAUGCAGUUGGCAUUGGGUUUGGGGAGAAAAGAUCAUUUCAACAUGUUAAAGCAAUUCAAGGAUGAUUUAUGCCAUAGCCUUUGUGUAGUAGAAGGAAACAAUGCUCAAUGUUAAACACAAUCAACAUGAGUUAAUGAGCCAGAGUUAGCCUGGAGGGCAAAUUAUAGGCUACACCAUUCUCAAAAACAAGACAAACACACAGUAAAGAUUGAAAGGGAAUUCACUGUACCUUCAUCUCCUUGAAUAAUUUAAGGGCUGGAAAUAGACUAAAACAUAAAUCUGUGUAUAUUAUACAAGCUACAUAACAGAGAGCUGUCAGUCCAAGGACCUAAGAUUUUAUAAGUAAGCAGCCCUGCUAUUACAAUGUUGUCUGAGUCUUUGAUGCAGCCGUGGGGCUGUUUUGGGAAGACGUGAUCUGCUGAGGCACAUGUUGAUGUUGUUGAUCACAUUGUUAAGUCGUGAAAAGCUUUUUUUCUGUCAAACAUCAGCCUAGACAGCAGUAUCAUCAGCAUGAAACAGCAGGCUAGACAACAAUGUCAUCAGUGUAAAACUUUUACAAUAUCUUUACAAAGUCUCCUCCUCUUAUCCAUCUAUUCCUCCAUUUAUUCAUCCAGCAAUUUUCUUCUGCUUAUCCAGAGCUGGGUCAUAUCGCUCCAUAUCUUUCCAGCCCCUCCUUGGUGGUUUUAAGAUGUUCCCAGGCCACAUAUAAACUCUAAAGCCCCCUGGACCCUCAUUUCUGCUGCUCGUAUCCAGCACCAGAAUGGCAUACAUUAAAAUUUAAAAACCACUUUUUAGAAGUGAGUUUGAGGGCGCAGCAGUGGACCAUGGUUUAUGAGAGGAACACAUGCAUCUCUAAGAAGUAAAUAUUGCCUAAAUGUACAUAAGACAACAAUAGUGGAGAAUACAAGAGUAUAUGAACCAGCGUGUGGACAUGGCAUUAAAGCUCUGCUGCACCAACAGUCCUAAUAAUAGCUGAAUCUAAACAAUUAUGUCUAAUAUUUUCAACCUUUUUGUGUACAAACUAGUUGAUGCAAUUUUUGACUGAAAAUUGUCGACAGAAGAAACUCAUCUGGCAGCGACUUCUCUCUGACAUUUGGAUGUGAUGGCUCUGGAACAAGGGCAGCCUGUCAUGGGUCCAUGCCAAAAUGUCAGCCAUAAUUAAUGACUAACCAAAGUAAUUUGUCAGUGUGUUUUAACAUGUUAUUUGUCUUGCAUGAUUCAUUUUACUUAACUUUCACUGUGAUGUCUCUCUGACAGGCACAUGGGUAACGUUCGGGGGUCAGAUCUCUGAUGAGGUAAGAUGUUUUGUCAGAUCCAUUAUAACCCUGUCAAAGAUUGUGAGCAGAUGUUUGCUUUCAUUAUUUUGGACCUUGCAAAUACCACCAGCAAAAAUCUGUUUCCUUUAAUGUGCAUACCCACCUAGCAACAGACGGCUGUUAGACGUCUAGUUUUUUUUAGACCUAAUUUCAAACAUCUAGAUUCUGUAUAUUUUUAGACGGAAUUUAGACGUUGCACUUUAACCCAGUAUUUGAUAACCAUUUGUUUCAAAAAGCAACUGUGAGUUGCAUAACUGAUGUUCAAGUACUUAACCAAAAUAAUUAUAAUAGCCGUUGAGCAAUAUACAGUGUAGUAUAGAUAUCGCCCAGAUUUAGAAUUGGUCUAAAUUUAUACACCUGAAAAACUUUCAUUUUUAGACCUGUGGUAGCCUGAUUUUAGACCAGUCAUCUAGUCUACAUUUAGAUGUUUAUUAGACCCCUUUUAGACCAAAUAAUGCUCACAGUAUAGAAAGCAGCGCUGCUCAAACUUCACCUGCUUAAGCUGAAGUAUCCUUACUCGAGCAUCAGUUUGCUAUCCUAUCAUGGUUAUUUUUCUUAUUUAAGCCUUUAUUUAACCAGGUUAGUCACAUUGAGAUUACAAAUCUCUUUUACCAGGUAUAGAUAAGAUAGAAAUGAUCCAGCUCUAUAACAAAGUACAAUCUCAUAAGCAACUCAUUAGCAUGUGCUGUACUCUGUCGUGUAGCCUGUUUAGCUAGCUCAGGAGUGCUCAGCUUUUCCAACCAGAAAUCCAGUUUAACAGUUAUGACUCUGCCGGGACCUACAAGUCCACGUUCAACAUUUCAAACACAUAAAGUUGUGCACACAGAUGCACAUACAUCCAUCUGUAUUGACUACUAACAGACCUACCAUGUUAUUUAAUAUAAAUACUCCAAACAGAGAAGUCCAGAGAAGUAUGUCUCUACUCUCGUGAACCUGGGGCACACACUCUCCAUUUCUUCUUACAAUGCUUUGCUGUCCUCCAGAGACUCCUUAUGGUAAUCCAGAAUUUAUCUUUAAUGAUAUGAUGCUGUCAUUACAUCCAUGGCGUUAGGCCAGGGGAAAACUGAAUGAUGUGCCGCCAGCUAGUCCUUUGGCUCUCACUCUAAAUGGGUUGAUAGAGCUGGUUGAGGAUGGAAAUUAGCCUCAUAGCGUCCAUGCAUCAUCUGAAAUACUGUUCCAAACUGCCCUCCUUAAUUUGGCAUGGCCACACUUGUAAUACAUCCAAUACAGAUGCACUUCACAUUUAGAGCUAUCAAAAAAAAUUAUAACACCCUGGUGAAAAAAGAACCUUUUAGCAUCAGGCACGUUCAUGUUUUGGAAGCUAACCAGUUGACUGACAGCUAUCCGCUACCACUCACGCCAACAUGUUCCUGCUAUAUUGCUAGGCGGUGUGCCCAGAGUGCCUUUGCCAGUAGUCAGAAGAAAAACUGUGAUGUGUUUAAGUCAAAAUUGUUUUUUUUUUUGGAUAUUGUUUUGAAGUGUGUCUGACAGGACAUAAUUGUAUGCUGACAGAGAAACAAUAAAACAAAUUUAAAGAUAGAGAAAGCUGGAAUUGUGUCUAAACUCCUCACAAUUGACUUGUAAUCAGUCUGUGGUUGACUUGUCCAACUCAGACUGUAUACUGAAGAGAUGAUUGACACUUGAGAGCAGUGGGAGGGCGCUGUGUUUGAGCUCUAAACCAACACGCCCCCACCAUCCUGGAGCAGAGAUAACAAAUUUUAUAUAUUUGGUGAUUUUUUGAAUCAUUCAAAUUUGGCUUGAUGGGUAAUGACACAUUUUCUAGUGAUGUAAAAUCUUAGAACAAACGUCUUUUCUCUACCUUAAACGGACUUAAAUUUUGGCUCUUACAAGACCAAACAGUUCGGCCCUGCUUCUCUCUGUCAGGAGUGAUUAAGUGGAAGUCUUUCUCUAGCGCCUGGGACUACAUCUGAAACACACAGGGACACAAAUAAACUCACAAAGAAAGAGCUGAGUACAGUAAGUGAACAACAUCCUAACGAAAUUGGCCUCCCCAUGUAUGGCUCUAAAUACUCUACAGGCUCAAGAAGUAGGUCAAAAGAGUCUGGGAAAUAUAUUGAGCAGUAAACAACUUUAAUAAUCAGCUUGCAGCCUCCACAUUUUUCCUUAUGAUUCAUAGAUCAGGAACAAGUACAUUUACAACCCUUCAGCUUCUUCAGGGGAUUUCUUUGCAUAUUCUUUAUGGCGUGUAAAUUUGAGAAUAUUUACUAUCUUCUACUAUAACACUCUCAAUGUUAAAAUCACUUUUCUUGUCUGUGUCAGGUGGCCGAGCAGCUGAUGACCAUCGCCUAUGAGAGUGGGGUUAACCUGUUUGACACUGCAGAAGUCUACUCCGGGGGGAAGUAAGUGAUGCUUCUGAUUUGUUGCUGGUCUCAUUUUCAAAGAGCCCUUUUACAAUCUUAUCAGCUCUUGUGAUAAUAAGAUGAAAAAUGUUAACAAAGCUCGGUCCCAGACCCGGAAUCAUUCACCCAAAGAGGCCAAAAAUGAGACAAGGCCAUAAUUCUAAAGUCAUUUACAUAAUCUUUUUCCUCACUGGAGGCUCCCCUUCAUGUUCACCAUCCAAUCCAACUUUAUGGGCCCAGACAUUGUCCUGCUGAAUAAUGCGAGACACGCUGCAGCUGUAUGGAGAUGCAUAUUAAUUCAGGGAUUACUGGUUAAAUCCAGGCAUACAGUAAAAGAAGCGUUUACAUUUAAUCUUGUUCUAGUUCUCAUUUCUUAAUCAGGUAUUCAUGCUGCAGAUGUGUGCCAGAUAACAGACACACUUACAUGUUCUUCGACAAAAGGCAGCCUGCAGUGUAAUCUCAUCAUCUCAUUGUGUAUUUUUAUCUUUGUAGAGCAGAGAUUGUCCUGGGAAACAUCAUCAAGAAGAAGUGCUGGAGGUAAAGAAUAGCCCUUUAAGAUUUGAAUGCUUUCAAUGAUUAGGAUUUUGAUUAGGAUGUGCAGAUACAUGACUAUUGAAUCAGCCCAGACAUAUAACUUAGCUUUCCAUAUGUAUAACACAGGUAAGAAUCUUAUAGUAAUCGUGACUGCAUCUAUCAUAUAUCAGGAGAAGAAGUUAAAUCUGAGGUUAAACAUGUAAAUAUCUCCAGAUUUGCAUUGGGAAAGGCCAAAAAUAUUGAAAAUGAAUACAACAAGAAAGCUUCCCUAGCGACACUGUGAAGCUGUAAUAACACUAGCUGUGUUAACAUGGGCACAAAUAAUCGGAAUAAAAAAUGCGUCAUGUAAACAUUCCGAUUGGAAAAUUUUGAUACAAUUCGGCUAAAUCGGAAAGAGAUUGUAUUCCGAUCAAGAGGGGUGGUUUAUGCCGAUCGUUAUUCUGAAAUGCGUCCAUGUAAACAUUUAUUCUGAUCGUGACUCUCGUACCUGACUCGGUCUUCACUCUUUAGCCUUUGGUUUAUUUACUGAGGUCAGUACAGGAGGUUUCAUUAUUAACACCCUGGCAUUAAACACAACUGCAGACGAUACUUUUUUUUUUUGUAGGAUGGAAGGGGAAAGUCCCGCCUCCUUCACCUCUGAUUGGCUAGAAAGCUGGAAAUGUCAUCUCAAGCCAAACGCGGGCUGUCGGCUCUGUACAUCGAACAGAACAUUACAGAACAUUAUCGCACUUCUAAAUCUCCUAACCCUAACCCUCAUCCUAAUCCUAACCCUAACCCGACAGACAAUGACGUUUCACAGCCAUCAGGAAAAACCAAUCGGAGCCCAGCACUUCCAGCCACUCAGAGGCGAAGGGGGGUCCGGUAACAUAACAAGACGUACAUAUAGCGUAAUUAUGUCACAUCUGCACGGACAGAGCAAUCUUUGACAAAACAGUAAAAUAAGCAUGCAAGGGCGUCACCUAGUGACAACAUUAAACAGGGGGGAAAACUCCUGAAGUGAGCCACUACCACGUUUGUUGGUUUGUUGACAGCACAGGUGUCCAUACAACUCUUCUUUUGCGGUUGUUUAAGCGAAAUCAGACAACUUUGUGCAUGUCCAAAUGCUUGUAAUCUCAAUAUAAUUUGGAGCAUAAAUAGGCAUGUCAUGAUCGGAUUGUUUGAUUUUGCACCCAUAUAAACAGUGGAUUCAGAUUAUCCGAUCCCUCAAAUUUUAUAUCAGAUCAAAAAAUUUUGCACAUGUAAACAUUGCUAAUGUGGUGGAUCAAGCUCAAUGAUAAAGUCAAUCAGGCAAAUAUAAUGCUCAGUGAUGAUGCUUGUUUGUUAUUGUUUUCCACUUAAAUGUAUAUGACAUAACACCAAACCAGCUCUGUUUCAGGUAUUCAACACUGUAAAACAAAACCUUGUGAGACCGCAGUAGCUCCCUUCAGCUGUUAGUUUCUGCACUGCUAUAAAACAUCAGAGUUGAACAUCCAUAAAGCAUGAACUGCCACACUGCAGAGAUAACAAGCCUUGGUUAUACUGUGUUUUACCCUUCUCCCAAGCCAUCUCUUUGCCUGGCUUCACCUCAACUCUGAAUCCAUUUGAAAUAUUGAUCACCCAGCAGGUGGGAUUGUAGAGUGAGGGCUUUUGUUAGGGUUCAGCAGCGAGAGCUCCCCUCUAUGACUCCUUUCUGUAAAUAAGUUUGGAAAAGGAGCAAAGCCAGUGUGCCGCUUUGCUGUGCAGGAUAGUAGGUAACCAAAGGAAUCAUACAACAAAGAAAAGCACACAUGCUUUUGCACACACUGACACGUGCAAUCAUGUGUGCAUGCAGGAUUGGAUAUACUGACAGUCAAACACUUUAAAAAAAAUCUAUUUCACAGUCCUCUUUAUGGCUUUUUGAUGUGUCUGUCCAUCAUCUCUUAGGAGAUCCAGCCUGGUGAUCACCACAAAGCUGUACUGGGGUGGAAAGUAAGUGUCAGCAUGUGUGUGUUUUUGUGCCUGUGUCCAGCAUAUGUGUUUGCCUAAUAUGUUCAGGUUAUCUAACUGAUGACAGGCCGUACAUUAAACUGUUCGCCUGCAGCUGUAGAGCGUGACAUGGGAUCAAACAUUUUGAAAAAACCCCAAAGCUCACAGACAUGGAGGAUGCACUCAAAAAUGACAACAUGGCCAUUUUAUCAACCCAUCAUGCUUUCUUUUUUCAUACCCCUUCCUCAGCCUCCUUGCAGAGCUGCCAAGAGACAUAUCUUCUGCUGUCAUGCUGAAGUACUCUGCUCUCAAUCUGCUUUAAGCUGCUUUUCCACUCAAAACGUUUUUUGGCUCCACUUAACUCUGCUCUUUUGGAGUUGGUACCCGUGCUUUUUCUACUACAGAUGUCAAAUACCUGCCUAAUAGUUGUGUUCUGAGCUCAGCGUUAAAGCUCAUGCACUUCAACUAGAUUAUUUACUUAUUGACACAUGUCCCCCCAUAGCGCAAAGUUUAUCCAUUCCCAUUACCUCUGAUUCAAAAAUAUUUUAAGGCUUUUACUGAAAAAAAGAAGAGGCAAAUCCACAAGUGCAUUUACCUUCCUCUUCUGGUUCUCUUUUCUGAUCCACAUCAGUAAAAGUAAAACGAAGGUGACUUAAGCUCAUCCUCUUAGACUUUAUCAGUCGCACUGCUGGACAGAUUUAAAGAACAACUUCUUCACUUCUUUCCAACUUAUCUGUGAGGCUUCCUGAAAGGUCUGUUAACCCUUUCCCUCCAGACACAGAAUAGAUUUAUUUAGUAACUCUAAAAGGUGGGGUAGACAGGAUAUGAGGAAGUGCCAGAUUUUUGAGGAAUCUUGACUACCCCUUCCAGCCAGUUUUCCUCUUAGCUCCUCCUCUCCCCUCCGUCUCUGUUCCAGCAAUCCCCACCCACAAACAGAUGCUCCUGCUCGCUUGAAUCGUUUCAAUUAAAUUCCGAUAUUAUGCAAAUAAUUACUCCAGAUAAUUAAAAAUGGGGCCCAGUCAACGUGAAAAUCAAAAGCAUUGGUGCUACUGUAGAUGCCAACAGACUACCAGCAAACAAUGUUUGCAGGACACGCAGCAGGUUCCGUUUGACAAAAAAUCAAUUCCGUUACAGACACUUGGCUUACUUUGUUAAAGCAGUUUAUCUGUCCAGCAGAAAGGUUACAGAGUCCAUAAGAUCCCGAAGCGUCCCCCAUCGUUUAUGCUUCAUUGACGUUGACCCGGCUUUUUACCUCUUGUCCAGUCUAUCUUCUUUUUAGGCGCUUGUUAUUCCGCCAGAGUCUCCGGAAUUUACUUUGUUUUCUUGAAUGUGUUGGCAGUCGUGGUCAAAGGAGGAUUCAGACACUCGUCUGUACUUUCUAGUUGGUUUCUACUGUCCGAUGUUGUAGCACGCUAACUUUGUUUGGGCUCUUGCAUGUUAUUCAAGGACGUGGAGUGUGUCUCACAAUACGAGGGAGCAGCAUUUGCCUCACAACCAAUCAGGUUGUGGGAGGUGGAGAAUGGCUUUGUUUACAGUCAGAAAGCGCGGGUGGCUCAAAAAUUCUGAAAUGUUGACUACACAGACAUAAGAGAAAACAGUGAUAUCGUUAUAUUCCUAAAUGUCAUCAAUAACUAACAGCUAUUGACUAAUAUUAAAAGCUUUUUGGUACAUAGACCACAAAAAAGACGUUUCCCUAACGUAUUCUUGCCUACCCCACCUUUAAUCAUAAAUUUGAGUAAAAAGUAGGAGCACACUGAGGGGAAAACAUAUUUUUUCUAUUUGAAUACAUUAUCCUAAAGCCCUGCAGUCAAAACAGAGGAGACAGCAAGAGGAAGUGUGAAGCUAAAAUGCAGAAAACUGAGCAAACAGAGGAAACUAGUGGGGGGAAAAAAUGCAUGUAGACGAGAUGAAAUGCCAGCUUGGGGAAGAUCUGAAAAUGUCUGAGUAAACACAGGUGAGCUUUCCAUUAGAUCACAGUUAGCACAGUUUGGCAGAUGUUCAUGUUACCUGCCAAAGAGACUCACUGUUUUGCGUGACUUUAAGCACUUUUAUCAGAGUUACCUAUGUGUCAUCAGCUGUUAGCAAAACACCUCAGAAACUUCAUGUCCUACAGAAAAAUAUAGCAAUAAGGUGGUGGAAAUAAUUCAGCAUUUAGCUCCUACUGAGCCAGAUAUUUCCCUCAGGGGUUGGUGGAGACCUUAACAGAUCUGAAAGUAGUGUGAAUGAUGCCCUACAUUAGUCAGGAAGGCUAAACUGGGUUGCAGAUUAAUACUCAUAUUACUCUAUUUAUGGGAUUUAUAAUGAUAAGUAUCUAAUACGCCAAUUUCAAACUUGGUGGUCUCAACAACUUUAAAAGGCAAAGCAAAUUUUGUACUGCAGCUUAUUUCACAGCUCUCAAGGAAAUUGAUGAAUGUGGUAUUAGUAAGCCUAUUUAACAGCAUUCAGCUACACUUGGCUGGUUCAAUAAACCCUUUUACUGUGUGAGAUGAUGGGCAGGAGGGUUGUUUGUCUGGGUUUAAUCUUUCAGUGUGAACAGAAAAAAAGUGUUGGUCAAUCAUACAGUUGGCUUGUUACAGAAACUCAUCACAACAAAAAGUAUAGCAUGUGUAGCUAUACAGUUAAUAAACAUAUAUUGGAAAAAGACAUGGGAGACUAGCAAUAAAACAGCUAAGAGAGAGUGCCUCUUAGUCAUAUGUUUAAAAAAUCUCACUACUAGAAUAGCAGACGUUAUAAAAACUGUUAUAUGGACUUCUCUCUUAACUCUACUACAAAUGAAGUUCUUGAAUUUACAACUGUAUUUACCUAAAAGGACAAAACUGCUGACACAAGAGCUUAAUAUUGGUGUAACAGAGUGGGGCUUCACACAGUGUUGGAGCGCUGCAGCAGCACUCAGAUAUACACAAACUCACACUGCGCCGUCGCCUCUUUUCCUGUCUUCUAUGUUGGCACGGUGGUGGAAUGACUUCAUCCCUUCCUCCCCCAUGUUUUACAAUUAAGACAAGGUGUAACAGAGCAUUACUCCCAUCUUGAGUAGGAAACACAAACUGACUGAUGCAUUUACCUGAAAGAAACCAUUUGGUAACACUUUACAAUAACCAUGACUAAUAAAUGGUAAAUAGACCAUUUAUAAAUGGAAAGCAGAUAGUUUAUUAAUGUUUAAUCAUCAUUUAUAAAUAGCAUAUAGACUAUUAAUGAAUUAUAAAUUUUAUUAUUUUAAAACCCGACCCUAACCCUAACCCAAACUUUACAAUAACCAUCUUAGUAAUUUUUAUAGGUGGUUUAAAAAAACACUUAUUAAUCAUUUACAAAGAGCUACUGACACACAUUUUAAUCUAGAUGUUUUACAAACAAUAAUUAAACCCUAUAUAAACCUUUUAUAAAUAGUCCAUUAAUAAUUGAUGAAAAUUAUUAAUCAUAAUUUCAUUGCUUGUUAAUGGUAAAGUAACCAUUAACUUACAUUAAUAAUGUUUUUAAAUGAUGAUUAAACAUUAAUAAACUAUCUAUUUACCAUUUAUAAUUUAUGGUUAUUGUAAAGUGUUACCAACCAUUUUCUGUGUUUGAUCAAACUGGUUCAAAAUCUGAUCAUAGAGUGUUAAAAAAAUUUAAUUUCAAAGUAAUAAGUUUAAUAAAAUUAAAGAAUCCCAUUUUAAUUCAAUGAAGUGAAAGAUCCCAUUCACAAAUAAUAGAUUUAGUGUUACACUCCAGUCAUAAACACCAUAAUACACAUUUUGCAUUGAUAUUUUUAACUGCAAAUCUCCAAAGUCAUGCUAACUAGAAGGCUAUUUGCAAUCCACUUGUCAUCAGGGUAGACAGCAACAACAUGCCUCAAGUGUAUGCCCACCUCACAGAUGCACAGCACAGUUUGUUCUAUAGCUGCGGGCACACUGCAGAGCGUCGAGUGGGUGUAUUUCUUGUCAGUGAUUUGUUGGUAGUUGGUUAUGCAGGAUCUUGUUUGGCGUGUUUAAUGAUCUGUUCCAGUACAUGAAGUGGUGUGUUUGAAGUCAUAUGUGGAUAUGUGUGUUUAUAGCCCUCACUUACUGUCCUCUCCCUCCUGUUGCAGAGCAGAGACAGAGAGAGGCCUCAACAGAAAACACAUCAUUGAAGGUAACAAGUCGAUUCCUCCUCCUCUGUUUUGUCCUUCACAUCACCCCAUCACUCAGAGCGCCGCUGCACUCCUCUAAUCUCCCUCUUUUAUCUCUUUUCCACCCCAUCUGUGUGUCUCUCUCCUCUUUGAUUUUUCUCGGUAAGCACACCCAGCUGAAUUUGAAAGUUGUUUGCAAAUGCUACAUCAGACCUCGACAGAUGUUUUGUCUUUUCGGUUGUCGUACCUUCAGGGGUGCCCUAGGAAGCUUUUACAUCAUAGUGUAGUACACAUAAAAAAAUGUUCUUAAAACACUGCCAUCCUCUCUUACUAGAAGCCUCUGAAAGACUUAUGGCUCAUUCUUAUGUGACACACUUUUCACAUAGCGUUAGCCAAAUCACCCCCACUUCCCAAACAACGCUCCAUCCUGUCCACAGCGCAAUGCACCUCCUGCAGUGACUCAGCUCUCUCCCACAUUAUUAACAUUCACAGCAGCCUCUGCAACUUUCCCCCCCUGAACAAGUGAGAGAGGGAUACAGUUUAGAGGGCCAGCAGGAGAAGGGCAGACCUGUGAAACUGAGACAAAGUGGAAGAAAAAGGAGUGUAGCUUAUUAGCUUAAGCCAGUUUGAAUUAGGGGGGAAUUGGAGGAGCAAGUGGAUGAAAUGAUGAACUUAAGCAUUUUCUGUCUCUUUAAAGCAUUGCACUGCAUAGACGACUAACCACAGGCUUGUCAAUAAAUCAAUUGGUUCAAUGAAGAGUGUUGAAUUUCACAAGAGAUAGUAGAGGUUCUCUUGAAAAUUUGCAUUUGCACCGUGAGAUAAUUUCUAAAUCUGUCAGGCGACCUUGAAGGACAUUUCCCAACUCCUUUAGAGGACAAAGAAAUCCUUCAACAUUUUCCUCAUUUCAAAGACGCUUUCGUAGAACCGCAUAAUUAAAAGCAUUAUUCACCACAGAAUGAAUUAUAACCCAUUAGAAUAGCUUUUGUUGUUUAACAUCUUUUCUCGGUUCCAAAAAUAGACUCCCUUGUCACAGCUGGCAAACUCCAGUUUAUCCACGGGACAGCGGAAACUGCUGGAGAUGACGGUGCAGGCUCCGAUUAGGAUCCAUGAAACGGGUGUUUCUGGGAUCGUGGGAGCUCAGAUGACAGAGGGAGGAAUAAGUGGUUAGGAUGGUGGUGAGGGGAGCAAAACUCUCAGCUGGGAUUAGCAAGCAGUGAUGAAGCCUCUGGCACUAAUCUGCCAUGCACGCUUACAUACUCAAGAGCGCAAGAGUGUCUCUCGCCUUGUCCCUGCUACUUUGUUGUCCUCUUUUAUUCACUUUUCAUCUGCUCUUUUCUGUGUGUAAAUGACUACUGAUCUGUACACAAUAGUUUAUUGUUCUAUACCCACCACAAGAGACAGUUUUCCACGCCAAGGAGACAGAGAUGAGAACAACCUCUCUCUGAUCUCUCGUUUUCCAUAUCAUCUUCUCAGCCAUAAGUUGUUUGGUUUUUCCUCUACCUGUCACAACAGCAUUCAUUUAUGUCACAAGAAUCAAAGUGUGCACAGGUGCAGAGCUUUUCCCAGAGAGAUUAUCCUACCAACAGAUUGAGAGUGAAGUCAUUUCAAUUCCUCAUACAAGUCAAUAUUGCUGUCAUAGCCUCAAAAAGAUGUUUGAAAAUGCAUUUGUUUGUCAAUCAGUUCGCUUGAAUUAGCCAUUUGAACUCUAAAAAAAAGAAAUAUCUUUGUUUUUAUAUUUUGACUCACUUUGUUAACCAAAUGUUGCACAGCUGUACUGUAAUGUCAGCAUAAGCCCUCAAUUUCCACCGCAUCCGGAACGGCUACUAUUGCAGCUGAUUGUAACCAUUCAAGCUAAUGUGUCAGUUUCCACCAGCUUCUUUCCAUUUGGCUGCGGAUUGCCGGACUCCGCAGCUGAUCGCAAGAGUUCUAUUUUUUCUGGACGCCAAAGCAUGCCAGAUAAAUUCAGCACAGAUUAACCUGUGCUGGAAAGGAAGUCAGGCACAGACACAAAAUAAAAUACUCUGUGUUUCAGGCGGAUCGUAUUUCACACCAUGCAAACGGGCAGGGACGAACAAGUGAAAGGUUUAUAGACAGCAUUUCACCCCGAUAACACCAUGGAUGAGGAGAUGCUAAUUUUAUAAAUCUAGAAGUGGAUUUUCUCCUCUGGAAGGACACAAUCUAUCUAUCUUAUAUGGUUAGCCUAUGUGGCUAAAGACAAUUCGUUAUCACACGAUUGCACGUGAGUCCGCGGGUUCUUGUGAGUUCUCGCGAUUCCUGCUGUCCGUAAUCCGCCACGAAAUUCGCCUCACAAAUGGAUCCGGUAGGAAUUGGCGGACAGCGGAAAUCUGUGGUCUGUGUUGACUUUGGCGCCCCCUGUGGCCAAAUCAGUAUUAUCUUGUCCUGUACAUGCAUACAUGUAGCUGUAAAAAAAAAUUUCACAUAAUACAGAGGUUGCAGACUGUUAGACAGGUCUUAUCAAAACAGAAAACUGAAGGCUUACUUUAAAGUGUCUUGAAAUUUAGGGAAGAAAAAAGCACAAAGUCCAGGAAACCAUGUGAUAAACACAGAAGCAGCUAAAGGGAACAUCUACACAAGAAACCAGGACAUGAAAUAGAGUCACAACCAAAAUAGGGUUAAGUAUUAAGUUUUCCUUAUUUUCUUCAACUGUCUGAAGAAGUAAAUCACUUUUCAGUGAUAAUGGGUCCGUUUAUUAGUAUUUUAGGUGGAGAUUGAUGGCCAUGAAUCCUGCUGGGUAAACAAGACAGAAUUUGACAACAGAGCAUCACAUGUAAGCUUGAAUCAGAAGACAUGAUGGACCUGAUGCAGCUGGCAGGCAUUGAGUCACAUUUGGUCAGCUGUCACUCCGCCAUAAUUACAAGCAUGUUGACUUUAAAUCCCUCAGCAUCCAGUUCAUCCGAGUUUAUCUUUCACUCAAUAUCAUGUUUUAAAGGAAAAAAGACACUCUUUAACUCUCCUUUAUUGACCUAAGCUCCUAACACUCGUAUAUGACCCAACUUAACAGGGGUAAGCAAUUUGCACAAAGUGCCACAGCAAUUUAUUGUUGCUCCACAAGCAGUUCGACUUCAGUGAACUUUAACUCCCCUUGGCAUUGCCCACUAUCAGGGCUGCUGGGAGCUUUAUCUUAAGCUGUGUACAAAGUCAGUGAAAACAUUCUCUAAGGACCCAGUCUAUAAAGCUUUUGUAGACCACUCAGGCUGAACUGACAGUCUCAUCUGCUAAGGAUUUCCUGUUUGACUUACCAGCUGUUCUCGCCUUUCCCAGAGCACCAAAUAGCCCCUACUCCAAGUAACAGGUAGCUUGAUGGCGUGACUAAAAAAUGUUUCUUAAUUUUACAAAUUUCAUGAAAAAAGUUUAAAACUGUGGAUGGAGAUGUUUGGUGGACUACAGGCUUGCAUGUUGUCACCUUUGCUAAUCAGUUAUUGAUUUUUUUUUCCAUUGUUGGCUCAAAAUGUUGGCUAAGCAUGGCGUCCACCGCUAGUCACAGCUCUGGCUCUAGUUAAUGGCCACUGCCACAAUGCAAGAAUGCUGUACAACCCAAAUGUAAACAAACACAGAUAAGACUUUUCUUACAUCUCAACUAUUCAUUAGUAUGGAUUAAAAUUUUCACUAGAAAGACCAGAAAAUUGUGAUUUAUUCCACCAGUACAGUUUGGAACAGUUUGAUAUGCUUAACCCUCAUCUUGCUUUUCCACAACCAACUCUACCCUUAAGUACAUCACAUAGGAAGUGUAUUGGCUGCUUGUCAGCUAUGGAACAACUUGAUUUUCAUUUUGGUGUGCAUGUUAACAGAUCGGACUCUAAACGUGUCUCACUCAUUUUUUUUCUCCCAUGAGACUUGCAGAUCUUGGCCAGAAAAUAAGGAAGAUUAUAAGUUUAUGGCUGGGCUGGUUUAGGAAGCAUGAAAAUAUAGUAUGGUGGUACUUCUAGAUUUCUUUACAAAGCAAAAGACUAUUUUUGUUUUAUAUUUUAGAUUGUGGAACGACUCCCCUUGUUUUCGCACAAUGCUUUUGUUCUGAGGUCUUAUCCAGGACUGUUAGUUGAUAAAAGAAAAAAAAGAAAAGAAAAGAAAGAAAGAAAGUAACUUGCAGAGCUCUGUCUGUUCCCCCAACGGAAAGGUUGCAGAAAAAUAGGAUGACAUGGAUCAGUUACUUUGGUACCUCUCCAACUUUGAAAGUUCAAACACAAAUAAUUGUAUACCACACGCAACUGAACUGAAUCAGACUACUUGAUAAACUGCAGGCAACCUGAUUCUAGGGUAAAGCCGAGAAUUGCUUAUCUAUGUGUAGGUGUUGGAUGAAUAUGGGAGAAUGGAGGCUGAUUCAUGCGCGCAGUGAUUUUCAGUGUGACCAGUGUUGCAAUGACCAAAGCUGUCAUGGAUGACAUUUUCUGUUUGCUCGCAUGUCAGAAUGAUAAAGUAAAAAUCCUCUGGUAUUGGCAGAAGAAGUUGAAGGAUGAUACUCAGAGUUCAUGUGUUUUAGAUCUGGUUUUAAGUGUAAAUUCAUUUUAUUGUAAAUCAAAAAUCUUUCAGUUCUUUUUCGAAGCCACAAAUCAAAAACUCUCAAUCCUCACGAUUCCUAUUUACUUCCUUUAAUAUUUUCCCCUCUCACUUCAGGUUUAAAGGGCUCCCUUCAGAGGAUGCAGCUGGAGUAUGUAGAUGUGGUGUUUGCAAACCGGCCAGACAGCAACACUCCCAUGGAAGGUAAGUGAUUGCAGGACAGCCAGACCUGGAGGGGGAGUUGUAGAGGGUCGUGUUAGGGACAAUGCAUGUUGUUCUGUAAUAUGAGAAGGUUAGAAAUACUCACUCAGACUGCUGCCCUCAUCAGACCCACGACCUUUGCCUUUGACUUGAGGGGAGUGUCUUCCUCUGACACACACACACACACGGACACCCGUUUCAAGUUGUCUGACUAUCUUGCCUCAUCUCUUGUCCUCUAUUUUAGUCUCCCACUCUACUCUUUUUUCUCUCUUUCUGUCUCUGUGGGAUCGUUGGUUUCCACAGGGUCUGUGAGCAGCACUUGCUCCCAGCCCUGACUGUUCUUCAGAAACAGGAUUAUCUGGACUCCCCGGGGGAAGCUGGUGUAUUUUUGGGCUGGUCUCUCUAAAUACGAGCCAUAAUGUGCGUUCUGUUCCUUUUACGCUGAAGUGCUGCCCUUCCCCCCUCUUAUCUACUUCUUGCCACCAUUUAUUUCUACUCCUGCCGUUACUCUUAAUUACUCUUCCCUUUGAUUCAGCCAUUACAGAUACUUUGGCUGCUCUUCUUUUCUGUUCCCACUGAUGCAGAGGUAGGGUUUCAUUUCAAGGAUGAGGUCCCCCUGGGCUUACUAAAAUAUUUUCCAGUUGUUCCCCUUUGCCCCCCUUUUGUCCUCUACUGUAAGCAUGCAGACUGUGGGAUGCCAGUGUGUCAUAUUUAUCAUUGCUGUCUCUGGUAGUUCUGGUGACUGCCAGACCCUGCAGCCAGCUCUGUCAAACCCAAAAGUAACAUGUCUCUGGAGAUAAAGUCACCUCAUUAUUGACAGUUGACGUAGAUCAGUCCAAUCAAACUGAUUGAUUUAUUGAUUCAAUGACAAAGAUGAUGAAACAACGUUAGAGAAAAAGACGCCAGAUACAAAUACAGGCAUGACAAAUAUUAAGACAGAUAGUCUGAGUGUGUUUGGCUCUCAGCGGCUGCCCAGCGCAGUCACUCCCAUUAAUCAGCAUAAAACAUAGUGCUUGUCUUCUUCAUCCUUCAUUACAGUGCAGCAAGGCCACAGUCAUAUAUCACCGUGUAAAGGGUCAAUGACUUAAAAGCAACUGGAGACUGUUAGUGAGACUGCAUGUACAUACUCACAUAAAACAUUGUGGCUUCAUGAUUUAGCACCAAAACUUCGCAAGUUGCAUCCUUUGUGGAUGGAAUAACAAUGCAUAUGUGAUAAUUAAUAUCAUUUCAACACCUGUUUCUAUUUACUGCUCAUGAAACUUGUGUUUGUAGUAUAUAUAUAUAAAAGAUUUACACACUCUCACAAACGUGUUGCUCGUAUUAAAAUGGAUUAUUAAAAUCAAUCUUAAGCUAUUCAUAACAGUGAUGUUGAGCUUAAUGAGUGCACACAACCUCUACUACUACUACUACUUCAGUGCGAACUUUUGUGUGGGAUUUGUUUUUUGUCCUUGUGACUGUAACAGCUUCCGACUUUGUGUGAAACAGCGUGUCCCCUUGGGGAUACAAAAAAGUGAUGUCAUGGCUGCAGAGUCUCCCUUUGUUAGCAUCACAACAUUUCUUUCCCGUCUAGUCAUCCCUUUCUUUGUGCUUCUUAUAUCUGCCUCUUACUCCUCAUUGUUGAUGUGGUUUGUUUCUUUGACUUUUGCCCAGAUGGCUCCAGCAGGACUUGGACAAACAUGUUAUACAGAUACCCAUCAUCCUCUUGUAUGACCUGGCUUUUAUUCCCAAUUGAUUGUUUUCUGAUACUGAUAGAAGAGGGGAUGGCCUUAGCUGGAAGUUCAUCUAAUGUGUUGCCAAAAAGUGUAUAUCAGUUUGUUUUGGUGCUAAAAUGACAGUAAAUAUGUAGUGAAGGUGCCUCAAGCAUCUGCACUGUCGUCAUCUCGUUGUCGUAAUAGGCAAAGCAUUGCCUGCAGAGGCAACCGUCGCUAUCGGCACACUGUUGCUGUCCAAUCUCUCUGCUGCUCGGUUUUUAAAUUUUGUGGAGCAAUAUGCAGCAAAUUGAAUCCAUUCAAUCACAAACUAUAAAAAUCCCCAGGUCAGGGUGAACAAAGAUAGAAUACACAGUCUGAGGAAAAGAGAUGAUAUGACAGAAUAAAUAGACUUUGUGUCAGUCCCUCUGAUCAACAGACUCACUGGAAAGCAAAUGAAAUGGUACUCCUACAUCCUACUGAACACCAUGCAGUCAGGACAUUUCUUCAAGUGACAGCAUAUCACCUCUCUCCUCAGCAGUAAAGAGCAGCAUGCAGUAUAAUCUCUCCCACUCAAUUCCACAAUACUUAUCUUAUUGGCCGCACAUUCAAAACCUCCCAAGCCUAUGAUCACAGAGUCCAGUAAGGACUUAAUCGACCACUGAAAACCACCUAUGGUGUGACAUAUUGAUCAUCACACUGUCUGCAAGCAGGAGGAGGAUAAACACAUAAGUACCACCUUCUUGCAAAUCAACUCCUGUGAAAGACACCUAGAUAGCCACAUAGACAGAGUAGAUAACAGUGUUUGACGCGUCUUACUCUCACCUUGGUACAUCUGCACAGGGAACCGUACCUGCUAGUUUAAUUUCAUCCAAUGAUCCUGACUCAGGGGUAUGUAGACCCUAGGAAGAUGCACUCUAAAAACACUUGGGUUAUUUCUUCAACCCAAUUCCUGGGUUUUAUGUGUUGAGUUAAAUUUCUGGGUUAUUUUUCAGAUCCAUCCCCAUUUCUUGGGUCAUAUGGAUUCUAUUGUAACCCAAUUUGUGGGUUAUUUGAAUGGGUUAAUAAUUAUGGGUUAUUUCUCUGAGAGUAACCCAAUAAUUGGGUGAGAACGUUGGGCUUGAUUGACUCUGCGUGGUUUCUAGGCCUGAUGGCAAUUAAAGUGACCUGGCGAUCUUGUGAACUUUGACCUUGAUUUUAUGUAUAUUGUAUAUCUGUACAUCUGCCUGUGCGGGUCCUUCGGCAAGACCCUUAGCGCUAUGGCCUACCACAUAAACAUGAGUGCGUACUGUUGAAAGCCAUACCAGCUCAAAUAGUACCGGUUGUAGAAGCAAAACUCCCAUUAAAAACUCCCCAAAUGCAUAUAUCAAUUUAACCAAAGAUCAUGAGUCAAAUUUACUCAAAGAGUGGGUUAACUUGACCCUUAAAAGAGUUAUUGAGUCAGCCAAAAAUUUGGGUUAAUUUGAAUAACCCAACAUUCUGGGUCAAAAUAACCCAAUAAGUAGUCAGUCCCUUUUCAACCCUGGUGCUGGGUUAAAAACAACCCAAGUUGGGUUCUUUUAACCCUGGGGUUUUUAGAGUGUGGGCAAGAAGGCCAAGUUUGCAGGAGCCUGCUUUUUAUAUUUAAGUAUUCAACACAAACAAGGACUCAACCCAAGUGUCAUGCAUCACAAAAAUUAUAUAUGUAUUUAAGCAUCAGCAUGUCAGGCUCUGAAAUCUUCCAAAACUAGUAUUUUGAUAUUGUGACAGUCCUAGCACAUAGUAUAUUGUUAUAUUCUAAUAAUAGGAGCUUACCCUAAAUAUGGUCAUAAGCUAUUAGUUAAUCUUAGCAAUUAGCGUAACAUACAGUAUGAAAAAACACUAAAAAAGUAGACUGUUAUCUCAUUAGGGAAAAUGUUCACUGAAGUAAUAAAUUAACUCAAGAGAGUAUUUAUCCCUUGAUCUCAAACAUAAAAUAUAAAAAUGAUGGAUGAUGCAACCAUGACAACACACGCUGCAUCAGUGAAACACCAAGAAAUACAGCCACCAUGUUGGUUUUCUGGACUCAUUAAUUGGAUCGGAGAGCAAGAAGCUGUCAAGGAAAGACAGUCUACAGUCAGGGCGUACUCAGUAGCUGUUUCAGCAAAAUUUUCAUCACGUUUCCCACAUGUGAGCGGACUACGGUGGGCUCAUUAAAUAAGGAGCUUCAGCUUCAACUUACUGCUAGCUUGGAUUUCAGAAGAGAGAGUAGCAUGUGACCAACACAUGCCAGGUAACAUGGAAUUACCUGUCAUCCCACAACUUAUUAGCUGUAACCUCUUCAUGGGAAAGAAACAGCAGUCCUGUCAUUUAAGCUCUGACAUAAAAAAACAAUGUAUGAUUACUGCCAAAACAGUACAGAGAGUGCAGUGUACCUGCUACUUGGUGUACAGUACAGCUAUACUAGAAUUAUGACAUUAAAAAAGCUUGAGUCCAGACAUGUUGGCCAGUUAGAACCAUAAUGAAAACAGCCAGUUGUAUCCACCUGUCACAGUGACUCCUGCAAAGACUUUAUAUAAUUUAAAUGAUUUUGUCAUGUCGUGGUUUAAGAAUUAAACAAAACAGAGAACCCUAAUUGCUCAGGAAAUAGUCAAAAAAGCACAGGGAAUUACAGGAGAACACUGGGAAAAGAUGCACUGAACUGAGAAAGAGAGGAAAGCACAAAGACACUAAACACACUGACACACAGGUGUGACAAGGAGAAACAGGUUAGACUGAUUGAGGGCAAUGAAACUGGAGAGGAAACACAAGGGAAGGGAGCAAAAUGAAGCAUGAAACACAAGGAGAAAGACCUUAAAAAACCUAACAGGAAGUACUAAAUGCCAAACUCACUCUUGGACAAUAAAAGCAACUGAAAUAAAACAAGAAAGUAAAGGAACUGAGCAAGACUUUAGAUAGGGUCUUAUAAGAACUUACUCCCUGUGCAGCUCUGACGAGAGAAGGAGGCUAAAGAGACUAGAACUAGUCUUAAACAUUUUUAUUUAUGCUGGACACUAAUGGACACUAAUUUAAGGCUUUAGGGGAAAAACAGGUCCCCAGACAAUUCGGCAUCGGCUUCAUUUUAGAAUACAGCUAAAAGCUAAGUUUACUUCUUUCAUUCAAUCCCUGAGUUGUUUUUUCAGCCUUUAUGCUAAUCAGGGAGUAGCUGCAGUUUUGUGUGUACUUCACAUACAUGUCAGUGGUUUCCACAUCUUUACAGUAUACAGUGAUCUCAUAUUUAUGACGGAGUAUUAGGGCCACAUUAAGAAAAAAAAUUCGACUUUGAGAUUUAAGACUUAAUUUUCGAGAAUAAAGCCAUUACUAACGAGAAUUAAGUCAUCAUAAAGUAACUACUUAUGAGGAUAAAGUCGUACUAAAAUCAUUACUUACGAGAAUAAAGUCGUAAUAAAAUCAUUUCUUACGAGAACAAAGUCAUAAUAAAUUAUUUACUUAGCUAUGAUAAUAAAGUCGUACUAUAAUCAUUACUUACGAGAAUAAAGUCGUAAUAAAAUCGUUUCUUAUGAGAAUAAAGUCAUAAAAAAUUAAUUACUUAGCUACGAGAAUACAGUCGUACUAAAAUCAUUACUUACGAGAAUUAAGUCGUGAGAAAGUUAUUUCUUACGAGAAUAAAGUUGUAAUAAAAUCAUUAUGAAACUUAUGAUAAUGUGGUGCUGAUGUCCAAAAGAUUAAGUAUCUUCUUGUUUGAGAAACCGAUAUUAAAGUACAUUUCCAUGAAGUGCUCCAUGGCUCUCAUUUCAACCGUCAUCUUAAACAGCAGGUUUGAAUAUAAGGACUUUAUUCUGACUUUACUCUCGUAAUUGAUUACUUUACUACGACUUUAUUCUCGUUAGUAAUGACUUAAUUCUCGUUAAUUAAUCUUAAAGUCUUCAAUUUUUUUUUCUUAGUGUGGCCCUUAUACUCCGUCGUACAUGUUUAUAGGGUAAACUAGUUCAUUUUUUGCCCUACAUGCACACAUCACCAUGUGCAUGUGCCCACAACUUCUCUCACAUCAUCCCACUUGAAAAGCUGCUGUGGGUUUAUAUGAGUGGGGUGUUGAUGGUGUGCGCUGCAUGUCUCACCUGAGCACCCAAUCAGUGUGGCUCAGUCUGUUGUGUGUGUUGAUGACUCACCGCAGUCUUAUGGAGGAAAACUUUAUGUUGAGACGGGCUUAUAGGUGAGCCUGGAUGUUUCCAUGAAUCAAGGUGUCAUAGUCGGCUCCUGCUAUUCAGCUGGAUUAUUCAUAUAUUCACAAACUCAUUUGAACAGUGUGCCUCCCAGGUUCCUGCUUGGUUCACAGUUUUUCCUUCUGUCCAAAUCCCUCACUCCCUGCCUCCCUCUUUCCCUUUUGGAGCAGAUGUACUGUUAUUCCUCUACCCUCGCACCUGCUUCACCCACACGCACACUUGCUCUCUGUCUCUCACUGAGCUGCAAUUUGGUCCACAGAGAGAGAGAGAGAGAAAGAACUACCGAUGGAAAGAGUUGCUCAUUUUUAAUCACAAUCUGCUGUAGUCUCAUCUCUUCACCCUCAUGUUCCGCUAUUUAUUUUUGCCUCAAGAAUUCGUGUUGUUCUUUGCAACUUAGCAGAUGUUUCAGUAGUGCAUUGUCAGUGCAAUUACAAACUUAAGAAAUCACAUUAAACACUUAAUCACGUUGUUGUUGUGUUCCUCAGUAAUUAGAGAGAUUGUGUGCAGCAUACAACAGACACCCAUUCAAAAUAAUAGCUGCAUUACCUCUCCUUAUAUUCAAUGCAAAAGUCUCCUUUGAGAAAGUACACCCCAGUUGCUUUAAUUAGCUGAAAUACAUAAAAGAAAUUGCAUUUGCUUAUCCAAAGCAGCACCAACUAUUACUUUCUUGCUACAUCCUCGGCUACAAAUACCCAAAGCACCGAAGGGCACCAUGGCAGCUGACUUAUGCCCCCACAGUUUUAACUUGCUAUGUUUUGUUCUUAGAGUACAAGUCCCACUCUGUAAAGGUUGGCUGAUUCUUUUCAUUUAACCCCUGAAGCGUUUGGCUGCAUCAAGUCAUCUGACCCCGGCAAAGAAAAUCUGCUUAUACAAGAGUUUAAAAGGACACAAGGCCUUUCUCUCAAAGAGGCUGAAUACAUUCAAAGCAUCUUUUAUGUGCUGGUUAGACCAAAGACUUAUUCAGUUUUUUUUUUUCUGAGCACCUUAAAACACUGUUGAAGUCCACUUUGAAAAUUUAGAUCAUUUGAUGAAAAAGCCUGAGUCUUUUUUUGUGUAAACAAUGAGAAAACUUUAACUACAAACUCUGCCUGUUAGUUAUAUCUAGGUACAACACUGAAAGUUGACUUUCUGAAAGUUUUUUUGUUUUUAAUCUGUUAUUUUGGCGCCAUCUGCUGUCACUUAUCUGUUCUUUUAUGCUUUGCUCCUGCAGAGAUAGUGAGAGCAAUGACACAUGUGAUCAACCAAGGCAUGUCCAUGUACUGGGGAACAUCCAGGUGGUCUGCCAUGGAGAUAAUGGUGAGUAAUAGAAAAAGUAUGUUUGGAUCAAGCUGAAAGAAACAUAAGGGGAAACAGCUUUUCUCAAAAAAAAAGGAAGUACAUUAAUGAUGCGUAUCCUAUCCCUGUAUUUGCAAUCAUUUGAUGACUGUGAAUUUCAGAAAUCCAUAAAUAAAAGAUUUCAAUAGAGUUCCUAAGUGAUUUUAAAAAAUGGACAGUUCUAGUUAAGAUGAGUGGUGCAUUAAUGCAUGUAUGUGAUAAAGCAAUACACAAAAGCUCACAAUACACAAAUAGAGAAGAAGGAAAGACAAAAAGUUCUGUGUUGGUACAGGUUUUUUCACUUCAUUAAAAUCUAAACUGUCUCUUUUUAUUCCCUCUUCACAUUGUGUUAGGAAGCGUACUCUGUAGCCAGGCAGUUUAAUCUCAUCCCACCGGUGUGUGAGCAGGCAGAGUAUCACUUCUUCCAGAGGGACAAAGUGGAAACUCAGCUGCCUGAGCUCUACCACAAAAUAGGUCUGUUUCUCAAAAAAUUGCCCCUUAAGUCUGUUUGAUUUAAGUAGAUCUUUUGCUGUGAUAGGUUGUGUAUCCUGGUGCUUAUUAAUCAUUGCUCUCUCUCUCUUAGGGGUGGGUGUGGUGUCUUGGUCCCCUUUGGCUUGUGGAAUCAUCACAGGGAAGUACGAGAAUGGCGUCCCAGAGUCCUCUAGAGCCUCAAUGAAGGUACUGCUGAAUUUCUAUUGAAAACCUGUCUAGCUAAUAUGUGCUCCAACCUUUCAUUCCUAAUUACCAGGUAACAAUAUAUCAUAAUCUAACUCAAAUAAUUAAUGUCUGACUGAAACAAUGAUGGUUAUAUCUUUUGUAUUAUUGUUUUUCUAGCCAUACCAAUGGUUGAGAGAGAAAAUAAUGAGUGAAGAUGGAAGGAAACAGCAAGCCAAGCUUAAGGAACUGGCUCAUAUCGCAGAGAAACUUGGAUGUACCCUACCACAAUUAGCCAUAGGUAAGCACAACAUGGAAACCUUGUAGACCCUUAAACUUCUGUAGAGAAAACUUUCAGUUUGUUUCAGUUUUGGUGGAAAAAAAUCUCAUCCUGUUAAUUUUCUGCAGUCAGAUCUAUGACUCAAUGAGAAUCUCUGCGCUGGAAAUUGUAAACAAAGCCCGUUUCUGCACUUUACAGUUAUUUAUUCUUCCUGGCACCUCCUCUGCAGCAGCACUUUCAGAUAUUAAAUAUAACCGUAAAGGUAUAGUCCAUCUUAUUGCUGAUGGUCUGCUUUGCUUUAGUAGGUCAUAAAGAGGCAUCAGUAUUAAUUUCAGUCUUUUUCAUUGGCAGUAAAAGACCCCUCAGAGGAAGGAUAGUUGGAUUUUUUUAAGAGGGGUUGUAUGAGGUACUUGCCAAUAAUGAGUGUAUUAGCUACAGGGUAUGCCAGCCAGCUCAGCCUCUUUGUUGGGAGAGUGCCAGUAGAUACCAAAGAUAGGCUAUCAACCACUGUAGAUGGGGUCGGCUCCAACACACAAUCUAGCUAAUUUUAACAAACUCCAACGUAAGCACUAUUCUCAGUGUAAGUGCACACUCUAUAUGUAAAUUUUUCAGUGUUUUAGUCGCUGUCAGGGAGCCCAUUUGUUUUUUGCACCACUGGGAUUUGUUAAAUUAGCUAAAUUAUGUGUCCUUGUCUGCAGGGGUUGAUCCCCAAGCUUGUGUUCUGCUGCUGUGGGCGUCCCCUGUAGCUUAAAUGUUUACAAAUGACGAUUACCCCAUACAACCCCAGUUUUAAAAAAAAGAAUGAUACCUUUGAAGUGUGUAUUUUUGUGAAAUCAAACACAGAAAAUAACAUACCAAAUGCGGUAUUUCUUUCAAUGUAGUUUGAUACCUAAUGAUACAAAUUUAAGCAACUUCUGAAUCUCUCCUUCCCUAUUCUUUAGCCUGGUGCCUGAGAAAUGAGGGAGUGAGCUCAGUGCUGCUGGGAUCCUCCAAUCCAACACAGCUAACAGAGAACCUGGGAGCCAUUCAAGUAAUUUUUUUUUCCAAGCCUUUGUAAAAAAAAAAAACAAAACAUCUCAGUUUUUGGUCCGGUGAAACAGCACUAAUUGUACUCCCUGUCUACAUUCUGUGCAGGUAAUUCCAAAGAUGACAGCGGGCAUCGCCUCUGAAGUGGAUCAUAUACUAGGAAACCGUCCCCACAGUAAAAGAGAUUACCACCAUUAGAAUGGACUCAUGUUUUUUUUGUGAACUAUGCUCAAACAAGCUCUCAAAGCUCAGUCCUCACAGCCAUGGCAGCAUAAGUGCGUGCCCAACUCUGCUUGUGUGUGCGUAUGACUGUAUGUGUGACUGUGUAAAGUGCUCCGCUUGGCUCCACGUCUGUUUGAAGAUCAACCAGUGCUCAUUUGUAGAAUGAGUUACUUGAAUAAACAUGCAUGCUUCAGCUCUAGCAGCAGCCAUUGGACUGAACAACAAUAAGAAUAUCAAUCAAGAUGUUUUUCUUAUUGAGUGAAAUCUCUCCUGCUCUAUAGACUAUGGAGAAACAGCUCACUACAAGCUCUUGCAGGGCCGGUGACAGAAUUAUAUACGUAUAUUUUAAAGGGUGUCCUUUGAAGGCAACAUAGGCAGCACUCAUGUCCACAAAGUAUCACAUAAGCUCGAAGCAGUGCAGUGAAAACACGGGGGGAUGGUGUUUCAAAUUGUAACAAAUAUCCUGAAAAUCAAUCUUACUAGACGUUUGUGAUGUAGGAAAAUAAAAGCCUAUGACAUGUGAAAUUGGACCUCACCCUGGCAGUUUUGAUGGCUUGCUAACAUUUCCCAUUACAGCUGGAGCUGAACUGUCAAUGUGAUGAAUUGUUUCAGCACUGGAUGGACUAAAAUCUGCUCAAAACGCUGUUGCUAAUGCCAAGAGAGCUAGAGUUGAACUGAAAUAUGUUUCAAAACUUCUGUACUGACUGUUAUAUAGUUUUCCUUGUUGAGCAUUUAUGUCAGAAUGAGCUUAUCUUCUCCUCCUGUUGUAUUUUAUUUCUUUUCAUUUAUGUACCGGUACAGCACCUUGUACUUUCCUGUUGUAUGCUUUCAACCCCUUUUUAUUUAUACAAUGCCUGACUGUCAGUUAUUCUCAUGUCUGACUCAUUUAAUUUUAGUCAGUGUUGUGGCCAAAAGAAUUGUGUAGUUAAAGUCCUAGGGGGGAGUUAGUGAUUUAAAUACAAAGCCAUGUAGCUAAUAAAGUGUCUAAAAGAAUCUCUCCA